GGAGAGGAGCUGUAGCGUCAUUUACAUGGCAUAGAUCUUAUUGUGCUUUUAUUUUCUUGUUCCUGGGUCCCCAAGAGUGCUGCAAGUGACUGAUGUGGUGAGAGAAAGAAAGAAAGAAAGAAAGAAAGAAAGAAAGAAAGAAAGAAAGAAAGAAAGAAAGAAAGAAAGAUGUUAAAAUUAUUAAAACAAAAAAGCAAGAAUUAGCGAACAGUUUUCACAUUUGAUGUUCAUUGAUGUACCCACAGCCUUAUGAAACUUAAAACAAAUAACGUUUUUUGCAAACAGACUUUAACUCUACUGUUGAUUUAACAAAAAGAAACAGCUAAUCAUGGAGGGAAAACCUAUUGUUAUCAUAAUGAUAUCAGACUAUUUGACAAGAUUUUUUAGAUAUUAAAUUGGGAGGAAAAAAAUGACAAAAGACUGAAAAGUGUGGCUGUGAGUUGAUUUUUAUUUAAUUUGCUCAAGACUCAAGACCCUUGUCAAACACUGUUUAAACUCUGUUUCAUCACAUAGCGACUGGUUAGAAACUGAGUCUGGGUUAGGGUUAGGGUCUCCUCCCUGUUAUUAAACUCUGGUUGUGUUACUACAGCUUCCUAUCAGUGAAUGAUACUUGACUGGGGUCAGGUCUGUCUGUUUAGGCUUCCAUGAAGGCUGCUCUCACCAAAGGGAAGUUCAAUUGUCUGGAGUCUCAGUUGUCGUGUUGAAAAGUCAUUUACAAUUUACAGAAGAGUUGUAAAGGAGUUACAAUUGUAAAUCCUUUACAGUUGUGAAGGAUUUCUCACUAAUCUCCUCCAAAGACUUAGGGAAGCUCCUUUACACUGGCAGAAAAGAGGGCCAUUUGUUUGUCCAAGGACAGAGGGCAGAUGAACUAUGAUUUCAAAAGCUUAAGAAAGAUGGACAUGUGUACUCACACCUCAUGUUGUGUUCAAAGUGCAUGUUGAUUCUCUCCCUGUUUAGAUCUUUCUACACACCUCCACAUUUUUUGUCAACUUUAUAUAAAUGUCCUGCAGCAUCAAAUUCAUGGCAAGUGAACAAAAACAAUCAAGUUUAUCAGUUUGAACUUUAAAUACCUUGUCUAUGAUGUGUAUUCAAUUAAACAUAUGUGGGAAAGGGUUCAUAUAAAUCAUGUUUUAUUCCUGUUUUACACAACAACCCAACUACAUUGGAGUUGGGGUUUGUACAUUAUGAAUAACACAGUUGGAAAGAAUAGUGCUCCAUUUGAGUCUUAAAUAUAGGUCUAAUGCUAAGAUAAUAUCUAAUAAAUGGUGUGAACUUGUGGACUAGUCUAAGCCAUGAUAGGUUGAAAAUAAGUCCCCUCCUGACCCUGACAGAAACCAGAUAAGACUCAGUAAAAUGGCCUCCCUGGCAGCAAACAUAUGUUCUCGUCAAGUCUCUUGAAAUAAGUCAUCAACUCCAUCUCUAUCAGGUCUAUGAAGGGGCUGGGAUAGGCCUUCUGGACAGCCUCCUUUACCCGGUCUCAAGGGCAAAGAGGGGGAGGGGGAGCAUCUGUCUGUGUAGUGACAUCAUCCCGUCAAAGCCGCUGGAAGGCUUCUCCUGCACAUUACCGACCCGCCCGCCCGUCCGCACUGUCCGGGAGGAUGAAUCCAAACACUGUGAUUCCAUUUACAAAUCCGUCCUGAAUAUCACACCAAUCAAGCAAUAUCAUUUUCACCUUCCUCUGAGUGAGAGAGAGGAGGACAAUGAGCAGAGACGGCGAUCUGAAAUCUACUGUCUUUACAUGUUUUCUCUUGAAAAGCCUUUUAAAGCCGGGCACUGGAAGGACAGAGAGACAGAGAGACGAGGAGGAGAGGGGAGAAGAAAGGAGAGGAGGUAGGAUGAGAGGGCUUUGGGAUGGAGAUGAUGCGACAAGAAGGAAAAGACCGUGUUUCACUGCAGACAUCGAUGCUCUUUACAUUUCGACCAUUCCUCCAUUUUUUUUUCUUGGAUGAUAUUUGUCUAUCUGGAAAGAGGCCCAUGAUAAUGUAAGCUGCGCAAAUGGGCUUUUUUGAAUCUUAAAAGGGUUGAUCUUACUCUUUAGCUUCUUUCUCUCGAAAAGCCGCUGCCUCUGUUUCUGUGGUAUUGUGUAGCAGGAUCUGGUCGCUCUGUUAAUGCAGAGCAUACAGGCUAAUGCUGCAUGGCCUGGCCUAAAAACUGAGAUUAUCCGCUCCACUCAAUGUCGGGAGGGCUGAUAUGAAACACCACUCUUAUAUAACACUUGUAAAGGGACAGUUUGCCUCUCUGUCAGUAUUGAGUGUGUCGUGGUGUAGUGACAAAUAGAGCAGUAUAUUAGAUGUAUUUUCUUGCAGGGACCGUGUGUGUACUCUGCAGCACUCAUGAGUGUGUUUACACUGCUCCGGUGCCUGAAUGACGCCUCUGUUCCUAUGUCUUAUUUCUAAGCACCGAGUAAUGUCAUUCCUUCAGAUAGACCGCAUCCCCGUCACAGUGUCAUUCUGCACUGAUAACAGCCUUCCUCACCAGACGUAGCCUACUUUUUCACGUAUUUUUCACUGUCACUAUUUGUAAAGGAGGAGGUACUCCACUAAUAAUGAAAGACCUGCUCUUCUUCAUGUUAAAGUGAAUCAUAUAGUCUCCCCUCCUUUUGUUUACAUCCUGGUCCAGCUCGAUCCAAUCUGGUCUUAGCCUCAUUUAGAUCCUGCCGCCUGGUUGUUUCUCUCUGCAAUGGCUGCCUGCUUGAUGUGUCCUUGACAUGUCGAGGCAAAAAAAGGUGGAAGAGGAAAGUUGUCUGUGUUCAAUGCUGAUUUUUCUUCUCUAUCAUGUCCAUUAGGGGAGGUACCCCUGAGCGGUUAAGGGCUGCCAAAAGGAAGAGGAGCUGCAGGUAAACAUGUGACCUUUGAAUGAUGAAUAGGGAGCUCUUUUUGAAUGGGUUAAAACUAGGAACUACUUUUUCAGUUUGUCGUGGUUUCUUGUUACAUUUUAAACAGUGUUUCUCUUGAAUAGCCUUACAGCUAAAUGUGAAGAAAUGUAGUCAGCUUGUUGCACCUACAUUGGUAAACAGUUCACCAGAGAGCAGAGUGAUGCAAAGCUUCAAUCAAGGUUGUUUUCUGCCUCACUUUAAUUCCUGUCCUUCCCUAUCUGUCUUGGGUUUUGGGCUGCCUCUCUCAGUGUUCACAGUGGACCUUGAUUUAAAAUCAGUCAAUUAAGGCACGCGGUGAAUGCCAAGUGAGGAGCCUUGCUGCUCCUUAACCUGUCAAGGAAUGUAAUUAAACUGCUCCACAUAUGCCGGCUGUAUCAUCAUCAUCAUCAUCAUCAUCGUCUGCCCAGAAAAGAUCGGAUUAUUUUAAGACUCAUACAUUAUAAUUAAUAAUCAAAAUAAAAAUUACUUUGUGAUUGCUGUAUGUGGCUUUUAACCUCUCAGAUUUAUAUUGGACAAAAACUCUAAAAAGAAAGAGAAGUUGUUUUGGACUAUCUAUCAUCUUUAACCGUUUUUGAGAUGGUAUUUUUUGCUGAACAGUGUUGAAUAAAGUCUGACUUAUGGAACAUAAAUAUUUCAGUAUUUAUUGAUUCAUUUUUUUUAUUUUUUUGUGAAUCCAUUUUAAAGUGUCCAUGGUCUCUGUAACACAAAGUAACCUUUGAUAUGGUUGGGGAUAUAGGGAUGUCCUCUUAAAAGAACCAGAGCUAAUUUUCUCAAAGUCAAGGAGCAAGAUGGUAAACAUGAGGAAAGACACAGAAAACCUGAAGAUAAGUUAUUUAUUAUAGACAGUUUUAAACAAAGGACAUGAGUUCACCACUUAAAGCCUCUGUGAGGGGUUUUGAAAUGUUUAAAAAAUAGGCUGUAAUUGCAAUUGAUGCCUUUUUACGACAUAUAAAAGCAAACAAAAUCAUCAGAAACAAGAGUGACAAUUUACAUAGUCAUUUUUAAUAUCAAAAUUGGUGCAUAGGGGUAGGUGUCAGCAAAGCAGCUAGAGAAAAAGCCUCGGUCUUACUCUUUUCACAUUAAAUAUUCACAAUAAACAAAAUGUCAAGAGUCAGCAGGAUGAGAUGUUUGUCAGCAGACACAACUCACACAUGAUAAGGACACAACACAAACCAAAAGUUCCUUGCAGGAGCUUUGGGUUAAUUAUAGAUACUUCUGGUCAAGAAUUACUCUAAUACAAGUAGAGUUGCUUCAUCAGAUAAAAAAUUAUGAUGAAUCACUGUCUUAAAAAACAGUGUUCAACCCACUUAAAAUGAUAUCAAUACAUUAUGAUAUUUCCACAGUGGAUAAUGACACUGGAGUGCACAUUCUGCUGAGUUAUGGUGACUAACUGAAGACUAAAAUAACUUAUUAGUUACACAAACAGCUUAGUUCGAAUGUUCACCUGAAAAACACAAACAUAAGUUUGGCUGCAUACCUCAGUACGAGCUCUCAGGUUGGAUUGAUGAAGUUUGAAUCCUUCUUCAUUUGAAAAUCCUCAAACAUGAGCUCCUGGUUAUGAGUGGUCAACCUUUUCUGCUUCAGCCAUCAUUAUCAACACUAUCUGCCUGAUCUGAGUGACACUUGCUCUACGUUCAACAAUGUGCAACAGAUACAGCAAUACCACUGAGAGAGAGCAGAGAGUUAGGAGGACGUUCUAAGACGUGGAGGAGCGAAAAAGUACAAUAUUUGUGUUUGAAAUAUAGUUGGGCGACAGGAAAAAGUUUGAAGGUAAUGUCUCUGUGUAGUUUAAACAGCACACAGCAGCUUGCUCAUUUAUAAAUGCCUCAUUAGGAAGAGCCAGCCAGUCUAAUCUUACCUGAUUGCCUGUUAAUCCUCAGUGAAGAUUGCUCUACAUUUAGUCCCUCUGCCAAGCUCUGGGAGUCUCAACAUACAGUAAGUUAUGUCAGCCAUACUAUGAGCUACAUGAGCAGUUAGCUUCUCUCACCAAUUCUUGGUUGACUUCUGCAACUUUGAAGCAUGUAUUUGAUAUAUUUUUUCCACACUCACUCACAUCCAUCCAUAUACAGUUUCAAACACAAAGAUGAUGUCAUAUGACUUUGUUUUCUUGCUGUCAAUCUAGUUACAUAUUAAUAAUCCCUCAGGAUCAGGCAGAAAACCUUUUCAAUUGUGUGUUAUGUAACAAAAUGCAGAGGAUAAUACAGACAGAAUCUGUGAGAAGGCAUCACAAUUGUCUGAUGUAGGAUCCCUUCAUCUGAAACAGGUAACACAAGUCUACAAAAACUCCAAUACAACAAAUACACAGAAACAGACAUGCACACAAACAUAAACACUCGUGAACAUUUUCAAGGGGUCGAUGUUUGAUGUUAAAGUUCAGUUAUUAUUGAGGCUUGGAGUUAUAGAGACAUGUGAUAUGCACAAUAAGGGACACAGUUGAUUUAACUGACAGGUGGGCGUGUUUAGCUGUUUGUCUGAAGGCUUGAAGUCUGCCCUCACUCCAGUUAGUUUUUCCAAUAUGAUGACUGCUUUUACUGACAUCUCUUUAAAAUUGUUUUAUUUGGCUGUACCAAGACAAGUCAAAGCAUUAUUUGUUUUUGUUUAAGUUGUCAAAUUAACAAACCAGGUUAAGGAAAGGACAGCACUCAAAAAUGACAAAUGAAUGGUUUUUGUUCUCUGGGUUUUAUAUUAUUUUUUAUCCCAAUACAAUAUGAACUGUUUCUUCUUAGAAAAGUAAUCAUCCCAUACUGCUUCUGUUACAUACUGCUUCACUCCAGUACUGUGAACCUAAGACACCAGGCUAAUAGAAAUAGCACUGAGCUAAUUGUAUUUCUUUGGAAAAUAACCCAUAAUGCAUUGUGUCAAGUAGAGUUUUUUUUUCCUCAUGAGAAAAUCAAUAUUGCAGGACUCAGUUUUACUUUGGGAGGCUAUGUGUUAGUAAUGCAGUAUCAUUAUUAUUAUCCUAUCCGACCAUUGUGCACUAUGGAAGCGAUUGUGACUCAUAUCUCAAAUUCAAAAUCAUUAGCAGAAAUGCUUUUUCAUUUCAAAGUCAUGGCUGCACUAUUUGACUCAAAAAUAAAAAUAAAAAGCAAUAUUCCAAAAUGCAUUUUCAUUUUCUUCUUCAAGACUGCCCAUUCUGUGACUAAAUUAAAAAGAAAAACCAAACUCAGAAAUGCUUUUUCCUUUUUUGUGCUCGCCCCGCAAAAGCGUCUCCGGAACGUCACGGACCCCACUUGUUCUGGCCCCUUCUGGCCGAUAGGGGGCAGUGAAUCCGCGUAUCAUUCGUUCAAUUGAUAUUCAAUCAAGAUUCAAAAAAGAAAAAGUUGAAAAACGGUUUGUUUUCCCUUUUUGAAAUGAAAACAAAUAAAUGAAAAUUAGUUUGUUUUCCAAUAUUCCGUCAGUUAACAUAGAUCAGAUUAACUAAAGUUGAAUUACGGGCCACGGGCUGAUUUUGUUUUUAUUAUUUAAUUUGUACGCUUAUUGUGAGUCAUUUUUGAGUCAAAUAGUGCAGCCAUGACUUUGAAAUGAAAAAGCAUUUCUGCUAAUGCUUUUGAAUUUGAGAUAUGAGUCACAAUUGUUUCCAUAGUGCACAGAAUACCAUUAAGCAAAACAUUAUCUGUCUCCAAAACUGGUGGUUAAUAUUGUUGUGUUACAAUGUCAAGGUAGUCUGUAGUACUGCCAAAUGCUCACUAGAUGGAAGCAAAACAUAUAUCCACACAGAAAGUCAGUAUGUACAGUAUGUUUUCUAAGUGAGUAUUUAAAAACUGAUUAUACUUUCACUUACAUUAAUGGUUGCACCAAGACAAAAAAAAAAAAAAAAGAUUUAGUUCUAACAUCUUUUGGAUGGGGGAUCCCUUGCUUCACAUAUGUGUCACAAUCAGAACUCAAAUCAGAAUAAAUAGCCAGAGGUGGGGGGAAAGUCCCUAUGUUGCAAGUCCAAGUCGAGUCUCAAGUCUUUGCUCUCAAGUCUCGAGUCAAGUCCAAGUCAACACAGACAAGUCCCAAGUCAAGUCCAAGUCCUGAACUUUUUGCUUCGAGUCCCAACCAAGUCCUUACCGUUUCUUUCAAGUCAAAAACAAGUCAUAUCAAAGCCAGAAACCAUUUGUUAUAUGUAAAGAUUUACAUAAAUCAUGAGCAUUUUUCUCAAUUUGCAUUUAUUAUUAAACAAGAGUUCUUGUUUGUGUUAAGAUACAUAGUGCAGCUAUGUCGAAUGAAGUUGGAAGUAGUUUUCAUUCCAUCACUGAUUUUGGCACUGCAUGUCUUGCAUUGGGCUUUUCUUUUCUCUUUGAUGUCAUCCACCUCGUAAUUUUUAAAACCAAAAGCUAUAACUGCUGGAGUAGUCAUGUCUCCUGGCUUCCAGUUCAGUUCACCAGUCCAGCAGUAGUGACAGAGUGAAGCCGGGUGUGUUUCUUUUUUACGUGUUGCCUGUUUCCACGUGGAAACAGGCGGGCAAUACUAGCGAGCGAUUUAUGUUCAGUCCCCCCAGUGUUGUCGUUAUGAGGGAGGCUAGAGUUUGAGACAGUGUUGCCAAGUUUUGUGAGAGAAAUAAGGAAACAGACCUCCAGAAACAAGCCAAAAACAAGAGAAUUUUUUUGCACGAAAUACGCAGACUUGGCAACACAACACGGUGUUACCAACAGCCGUAAUUCCUGACUAUUAGUUGAUGCGACACUUUUUAAACAGUUUGGGCUUGCUGUAAGGUAUUAAGUGACUUGAAAAGACUUGACUUUUCAAGUCACUGGGCCCAAGUCAAGUCAAGUCUCAAGUCUUUAGCAAUCAAGUCCCAAGUCCCAAGUCCAAGUCAUUUCUUGAUUUCAUCAAGAAAAUCUUAAGCCAUCAAAAACGGGAGUCAAGUCCAAGUUGAGUCUCGAGUCGGGUCGUCAAGCCCCCACCUCUGUUAAUAGCCAUGGAUUUACACCUUCUUCACCACCCCCUCUUCCUGUUUACUUUUGUCGUAUCGCCCUUGACAUGAAGAGGGUGGGCUAUCAGCAGUCAGCCACCAGGGGGCGGUUCCGAUGGUUUCACACUAUCAGUUUUCUAGAGGCAGCCAUGGCAACCAUCAGAAACCUGACUGCCACUUGAGGCCGAUGUAAUCCAGUAUACUUGGGCUAUGCUUUCCUUAAUAUUCACAAUAAUAGUAAUAAAAUUACUCCUGCAGUUGCACUGCAAAAUUUCAUCCAUCGCUGGCACUUAUUAGCCUCAGGGUGGACCUGCAGGCCAACAAAAAGACUUGCAUUUUCAGAUUGUUUGAAGGUGGCCUUGCUUAAAAAUCAAUAUUCUUUCAUCAUUUUAACUUACAGAUUUAUUUGCAUCUUUGCUUGAAGGCAGUUCUCUUGGUCUCAAAAUGAAUGUAACAAUUCAUCAAAUUCAUUUGAUAACUGUUCAAAAACUAACCUCAAUCUCAGUCAGGCUCUUCUACGUGCAUUGUUAAUUUACAGCCAUCCUGAGAAAAAAAAGGAAAUAAAAAGCUUUAAAGAGUCUAAAUAACUAACUCUUUCUUUUGUCAUGAAUUAUCAAUAAAUCAACUGAAAUGAGUGUGCAUUCUACUCACUGCAGCCAAUAGUCAACUCAAUGAUACUUCAUCCUAUUUAUGAAAACGUGAAAAAUAUUAAAGGUGCUUAAAUGUUAAAAAUGCCACAUGGAUAUUGACACAUACACACUUCAGAUGCUUAAUAUCAAUUAUUUUAUUUGUGUUCAAGAAUGUUCAAGGACAAGUCCUUACUGUAAUAUACAUUUUCAAACACACAACACAACGAUUUCAUCUUCCUCAAAAAUAUUCCAGUUCACUAAAAAACAGUUGAAUGACACAUUUCCCCCUGAAUAGCAUCUCCAAGUCAGACGGAAAAUAUCCCAGGAUUGCACACAUGAAGUCUUGCCUGAGAUGGGUUCAAAAUUCUCUGCUGUCGCUACAUUUUUCAAACACUGUAAAAGACAGCCUGAUGUAAGAACAAAUACCAUUUUACCUACAGUUGGCAUGCAUUCAGACAAUCAAAGUAUGAUUUAUUAGCUGAGGCCAAUAGGUACACCAAACAGCCAUCCUGUGGUUUGGGAUCAAAAUUAUUAUGCCCAUUUAGAUGUAAAAUAUCUGGAGGAGAAAAAUUAGAGUUAAAUAAAGUGUAAAGGAGGACAAUGAAGACCAGUUCAAUUCAAAACUAUAAACUGCCAUCCGGUGAAAAAAACAAAAACAAAAAAAAAAACCAUCAGUCUGUCCAGUAUUCUCCUGAGAUAUUACCAGGCAGUUAUAGCUACAGUUUUUGCAGUUGAGGAAUCUUUUUACCAUUUACUAUUAGAAUCAGAAAUCUGAUGAUAUCAACAAUGAAGCACAACAUUUACUGAUGCUGUGGAAACAAGAGAACCAUUUAGGAAUAUAGGCUAAUGGGAGAAAUAAAGUUGUGCCAGCUGCUCUUACUUGGAAGCAGGUUGCAGGGCUUUUGGACUCAACAGUGCAACAUCAUCUCGUCGUUGUUAUAGCUUAUCAAAGCGUAAAAACGUCAAGAAAAUCAGACUGAGUCAGGCAAACUUUGAUUUUAUUUUAGUUUCAAGAAAAUUAAUGUUGAAGUGCAUCCCCCCCGUCAGCCACUCCAGCCCUAUAUAACCUCUAAAUGUACCACUAUUACGACCCCUCCCCUUUCGGUAUAUGACAGACAGCUCGCAGCUCUUUACUGAGGGAGUAAAACGGAAAAUAGGAGCAGUUCAGCCGUGCUGGUUGGAUGAUGUGUCUUGAGAAAGGCCCACCCUGUUACACCCACCAACAACAUGUUCAUGUGCGCUAAGAUUGGUAUGUUGUAAUAUUUCCAACUUCACCUGAACGCAGCGGGAGACAGGAGGUGGAGAGGAGGGUGGGGGAAGAUAGCAACGGCCAGCUAGCGCCAGCACAACGAGUCUGUUUACCACCAACUAACCGCUAUCCUAUGGACAUUUGCGCUACAAAUACCUCCACAUUUAACCAUUUACCUUAGCUAAAUGUGUGACUCCAUAAGCAUUUCGUCGUGUGUGCCUAAAAUGAGGGAAAUUGGCGCCGGUUGCUGGCUAGGUUAACGUGAAGACAAAAGGGCAUCUCUAUAUGUGAGCGACCGAAAUCUUCGGAUGAGAGUUUCUGUUUCCCGUUUGUGGACCAGCUCGGCAACACCUCCAGCUGCUCAACCGACCCACCGGCCCUGGAAACUGUCAAAUCAGGGGUGACAAGCCAACCAAACUGACAAAAUGAAAUUCACAGAGCAUCUCUCCGCUCACAUCACACCGGAGUGGAGAAAACAGUAUAUCCAGUAUGAGGUAAGUUAGCUUCGUAAACCUCUCUCUGUUAGCCUUAGCUAGCUGACUCAGUCACUGAGCAGCUACUGACGGAUGACCCGGAGGCUGUGGAGUUAUUUUUUUAUUGGUUAUUCUGUAUCUUAUAUCUAUAUGUAUUUAGCCAUGGUCAAAUGUGUGGUUCUUUUACUUUACUUUGUCGUUUAAACAAUAGGGAAGUAAAGGACUAUCUCAGUUGCAAGGCCUGAAAAUUAAGCUAUAGCCAGGAGCGUGUCCAGACUUUGUUGACCCGGGUGGCCCAACUGAGGCACUGACUCAGUCAAGGGGGGCAUAGAGUUUUUGUGUGUGCACCCACAUAUACACAAACAUAAUUCCUUACCAUUUCUCUUGAGACAAUUAGUGUCUCCAUCAAGUAUAUCCACAAAGACAUUCACUGGAAACUGUAUGCUGGAACAAACGUGUGUGACUCCAUAACAUCUCAGAGUCAGAGAUGCAUUAUUCACCCUGAACAACUGGAUUUCCCACAGUGAUGAGUAUUUCUGAGUCUGAAACAUGAAAGUAUCAAACACUUUAUACUCCUGUGUCAAAAGUAGACCUGCAUUUAAAUGCUGCCACUAAAUAUAUCAUUAAUAUUAUUGACCAUUAGGUGAUCUGCAGGAGUUGGCUUGCAGUGUGUGAAGAACAUUUGUCAUGCGCCUGUCUUUCGAAAUAGAUGUUUACAACCCGCUGUUCAAAUAAGCCAGGAUUCUGUCUGAAAUGUCACUAUAAACAGAGCACCAUGCCUUUCAAGACAUUGGCAUCUCAUAUUUUAUUAAUACAGAGCAUAUGCAACAUAUCAGAGGUGACAACUUUAGAUCUAGCUGGUGAAAAAUUAUUAUGUUAGCAAAAGAAACUGAAAUGUUGUGACAUCUGAUAAGUAUUUCAGAGCAGCAGUUCAAGAAAAACAUGUAUGUGAAAUUACACAAUGUGAAAAGAUUUGGAGAGAAAUCUUUAUCUCCCGGCCUAGCUCAUUUCAGAUGGACUGAGUUAGAGUGGAAAUCUGUCCUGUGAUCUGAUGAGUCAAAACCUGAAAUCUUGUUGGAAAAUCAUGGACACUGCAUCCUUGUACAAAAAAGGGACCAUCUGGCUUGUAAUUAGCACACAGUUCAGCAUCUGUGAUGAUAUGGGGGUAUCAGAGCACAUGGCAUGAGUAAACCUGCACAUUCGUAUAAGCAUCAUGGCCCUCAUUUAUCAAGCUUGCGUACGGCAGAAAACUUGCGUACACCUUGCGUACGACAAUUUUGACAAGAGGAUCGGCAAAAAAUAAAUCAUAUUGAUCGAUAUCGAUAAUUAUCGAUAUAAUUAUUAUAAUUAUUUAACAUAUAUUUUAAUUGCAGCCCUGGAUGUUUUAUGCUAUUGCUUAAUGACCUACUUUUAAUAAAGAACACACAAGCACUGAAUUCAAAUUCAAACCUUUAUUUAACCACCUUUUUUAUUUUACCACAACUGAAAGUUUUUUAAAAAAGAACUAAAAAAAAAAGAAAUCAACUUAAGUGGCCUGAGUGACGUCAGUAAAUACCGACAAACAUAAAGACUAAAGUGACCAGAAAAUCUGAUAAAUAAAUAUUUAAAUAGUCUUUUGAUGAAAAUAAACAAAACAAACAAAUAUAUAAAUAAACAGAAUAGCUUUAGGUGGGAAUAGCAUACUACCAGUUUUAACUGUGUGGGAAACUGCCCACAGCCUGGUGUCUGAACACUGAAAUAUUUCUCCCGGGGUCGGGAGAUUUAUUUUUUUUAAUUAUCAUGUGAUUGACUUAAUACACAAACUGAGCACGAGAAGCAGGACUUAUCCACGCCGGUGUUGUGUCGUAGAAUGCACCCCUGCCGAAUGCACCCCCUGCUAGUAGCCAUGAUCCAAAUACUCGCGUCUUUGUAAAAUAUGAGCUCAUUUUCUUCCACUUUAAGAAGCUAAUGAGUGGACGGGAACGUAUUUCCUCCGCACCCUUCUCACCUUUUCAACCCCUGACCCAUUUUCAUGCCUGAAGCGCUGUGUUUGAGAAAUACUUGUGGCCGGGCACUUCAUAUCGCGGGUCGAGAGUGGCUAGAAGCUGGUCGAAGCCAGGCUUUUCAACGGUAGUUAUUGGCAGUAUGUCCCUCGCUAUGGAGCAUGUUACUGCAUGGGUGAUGUCCUUAUGCCGCUUGGACGCUUUGUCGUAUUUUUGGCAAGAAACGAAGUCCAGUUUGGUCUGCUUCACAUGCUUUGUGCUGGUGCUGGCAGCGGUUCUAGAGGAUUCCUCCGACGAUAACGUGGAGCCGCGGCGCUGCCGACACAGCUCGUACUCCUGUGGGUGCGAUCGGUUUAUAUGGUAAAACAAGUUGGUUGUGUUACCAGACUCUUUUCUAAUUCUCUGCAAAUUUUGCAAACGACCGCUGGUCGCUUUUUGUCAGACUUCUAAAAACCAAAACAUUGCCAUGCUGGUGAACUACUGAAACCUUUUUUCGGGACAAUGUCCUCCGCUUCUCCUUGCUGUAUCAUUUUUUCUAAUACACGUGCUGUCUGUUGUGGUUUGAUAGGGGCUGGGCUUGGUGCCGUAGCGUACCUGGGUCUGCGUUUGUGAUUGGUUGGGAGGAAGUAAUGACUGUAGUAAAAGCUACAUGAUAGGCUAUGAUGAAAAAGAAAGGGAAACUGUGUUUUUCUAUCGAACUUUUUAUCGACCCGUUUUUUUUCUAUCGCACCACACGUCUAUCGAUCGAUAUAUAUUGUUAUCGAAUUAUCGUCCAGCACUACCUUGCGUACGACAAUUUUGACAAGAGGAUCGGCAUUUAUCAAUCUGCACAUGAGCGUACGUUACGACCAAAUCUCACGACAGGUCUAACAUCAUGUACGCAAGUUUGAGUCAGUGUGGAUCUGCGGUGCAGCAAAUGUCUGUCUGAAAAUAAUUGAUAAACAAACCUCAAACCUGUCAUUAAUCACAAUCAGCCAGAUUUCAUUAAAGAUUAAGACUUAAAUAAAAUAAAACAAAUUUGUUAUGUCCUUAGUGAAUAGGCCUAUUUGAUAACUGCCCGGAAACACUGCCACAGAGCAGGAGCGCCGUUUUAACAUUACGCACACAUGCACACGCGCCACUGUGGAGCGCUGCGUUUGACUUCUAAAAGGCAGGUAGCUCUGUCUUGGCCCAGCAGCGGGGACGUUGUUGUACAUUCCUGAAAGGGUGUGGGACAUCAUUUGGGCCAGUACAAUUUUGCACAAUGUUACACUGGUGAAUGGAGUGCUGUUGGCUGUGCCGGUCCAACGUGAGGACCUAAUGCCCAGAGAACAAUAACGAGGAGUGACUCCACAAAGAUGCUGGACAGAGGAGACAGGACCUUAUCAAUGGAUUCUGACGUAAAAUAUAAGUUUAGAAAGUGCUCUUGCUAUUUAAUCAGUGAUAAGAAUCCAACAGAAAUCCAUAAAAAUGUGCCUCAGGGGCAGCAACACAAUGUUUGGUGACGUUAAUAAUUAUUUUUGUUCAGCCUCUGUCAGACUCUCCAGUCUGCUCUACAUUACAAAGACGCAACAAAUUAAAACUAAAUACUUUCAACAAUAGGAGCAACGUAACCUAUGUCAUGGCAAUGAAAUAUAUGAGGCAUGUAUGAGAUAUUCAUUUAUCAUCAUGAGCAAUUUAUUGACUAAUGAUUUCUUCAAACUUCAGCCACUGUCCACUAUUCCGCGGCAGCGCUGUUCACCGCCACCAUAAUCCUGCUCCAGACAGGAGUUUUCUGACUGCUUUUAUACCGGUUUUGAUGCGUCCAAAGAGAAAAUCCUUGUUCGUUUCCACCACAGAUGUGAGGAUAUCCACUUUCAGCUCAGAGAAGUUUCACAUCUCUGUAAUAUUUCUCCUCUUUCAUGUUUGACCUCAGUGGGCGAGGCUUCUGAACCACGAAUAUUUAAGGGCGUAAACAUGUUAAUGACGAUCGAUUUCAGCCGCUGCAUUUAUCAAGACCGGAACAUACGUACGCUGGGAUUGGUCAGAUACGAACCGUUUCAUAAAUCUCAAAUGUGUCCUAUUGUACAAUGAAUCCUGCGCUAAGAUCUGCACUCAGAUCUGCACAAGAUUGAUAAAUGAGGGCCCGUGAGUGCAGAUAUAUGAUUUAGAGCACCUCUAUACUGCAGAGCGGACAACAGCAAUUUCAGGGAAGGACUUGCUUGUUUCAGCAAGUAAAUGCUUGUGAACAAAAAUAUCACAUCUAUGAUUCCACACGGACAUAAAGUCUGUUAAAAAGAGAAAUAAGACAUUUUUUUUCUAAUAGCCUGACUGCAUAUGUACUCUAAAAUGUGUCAACACUACCACUUCUGCACAAACAAGCAUAAAUGUUCCAGAUUUUAUUUGUCAGCUGCUUUAGUUGCACUUCCCCCCCUGCCUGUCGUGUGUCUCCGUACUCUGCGGUCUGUCACAGCCUUUGUAUUGUUAACUGUUGCUGUUAACUGGUUGGCAAAUAUCUACACGUAUCGUUCUGCGGGGGGGACAACAUCUCGGUACUGUUAAGUAGCAGCAAAUGCCCCUUGUAAUAACCCCCCGUAUAAACUGUUGUUCAGGACUGCUUACUGACUACAAACCAGAGCAGUGAUUUAAGUUUGCCCUAUCGCUCUGAAGGUCAUCAGACAUCCUGACACCCAAUUGCACUAAACUACUGCAUACAGGGGAGUGUUUAGGAGACAUAAGGCAUUUGCCUGAGUCAUCAUUUAUUGAGCCAGUUAAGCUUUGUUCCUGUUAACCAUUCUGUCCGUUCCCGAUUGCUGACUCAGCUCACCAGUCAUGCAGCUGGUGUUUUCACAUUGGAGUGGACAUGGUCACACGGUGACAGAGGUGCUGAUAGUUCAGUCUCCAACCUUUGAUCCAUUAAAGCUAUUUAGCUCUAAAUUAAAGUCUUAUCUCUGUGUGGGUGGACCAUCUAAACAGAUUAUUGAGGAAAAGUUCCAGGGAAGCUAUUGUUUGUUUGUUUUUUUGCUGAGGUGCUUUAUUAUUCCAAGCAUAGUUGUGAAGGUGAGAUUGUAGUGAAGUGCAUUUUUAGAGGGAACACGGUGCAUCCCUGAGAGAAGAGCACCUCUUAUAUAAGCUUUAUUUAUCUGUAUCAAGUGUGCAAAUGCCAUUCUUAGCUGCAGUGCAGCUGGCCUGUAUGCUUGACAAAUUGUGUUACCAGUAAUCUAAGUCACUUUGUGAUUAGGUCCAAAGCAGUUUUUGCAAUGUGUAACAGCCACUCUGUUAGCACAGGCCUCUUAUUGUCUUUUGGUAGCCUGUCAUGUCAAUGUCCUGCACUAGGCCUGCAAGGCAGGUGUUGACCAAACUAAUGCAUGUUUAAAGUUGAACCUAAGGUUAAGGUCUGAUAGAAUUUCAUCCAAAAUGUGUCCAUCAUCUCCUCUUUAAGAGUCCAAAUCAAACUAUCAACAGUUAAACAGCCCUCUGGCGUUAACAUCAUGUAUAAAAGUAAUCUUCCUACAGCAGGAAACUUAAACACUGAUAGUUUGAAUGGUGUCAUUAUGUCUGCUACCUGUAGUCCAGCUUUAUGGUCGUAAAAUUAGUUCACAUGGACCGAGGAGUACAGGUGUCAGAGGAGCAGUGCAUGAUGGACCUUGAUUGUGAAUGUGUCAAUUGAAAUUUUAUUAUUCCCCCUUCUCCUAACAAGAGUUUUAUUAAUUUGUCUGAAGCUUAUGCUAAUGCCAAGUAUCCUUCUGAUGCUGGUCAAUUAAAGACAGGGUACCAGAGGGAAAACAGAAACACCAAAACAAAGAUGGCAGCUUCAGUCUAGCAGCUAACAGCAUUUUGCUAAAACUGAAACAUAAAUGAUCAGUUUUUUUAUGGACUGGAUCCAGGCAGUAUCUGAAAAUCCACCGAUCUUCUCUGUGGGAUAGACAAACGCUUUGAUGCUGCAGAGGCACUCAGAUUAUUGCCACAAAGCCGGUCUCACUGAGGGAGUGGAUUUACUACAAUAUGAUACAUUAUACUGUUUUAAUUUUUUGAGCUCAUAUUGUUUGUAGAAAAAUAUUUUGUCAUACCAUUGCAGUCUGGCCUGCUCUUGUCUUCUGUCUGCCAUGAUGUCUCCCUUAACUCCUCAGUGGUUGUUCAUGCUGGCAAAUGAUGUUGAUAACUCAAAAUAGUUGAAACCUGUUCUCAUUGAUUCCUGUCACCAAUACUCCAUGCUGCAUUUUAGGCAGUAUUGGACCAACUCUAUUGAUAAAUAGUACAUUAUAAAAAAGGAGGCAGGGCUUAGUUAGCAAGAUUGCUUCUCUAGAGAACACUCUCCUCCGCUUUGUCAGACUUGUUGAACUGCAAAGCCACACAGUUCAAAUGUGAUUAUGGAGUGAUGUCAACUGCAAAUUACACUUUUAGGUUGUGCACGUAGCUUUGGUUUGUGUAGUGUAAAUGCUGUUUUCUGCUCAUGUUUGUAAAAGACCCUGUGUGUUUUCCUAUACAGCCUAAAUGUCAUUUCUGUUGGUUGAAAGAGCAAAGAGCUCUACAGUUUGGCUACCAAAGACAACAAUAAGGAGGAAGAGUAAUGCGGUUAAUGUAGCAUAAUCACUUAUUUUAAGAGUGGCACAAUGUCAACACCUUAGCACAUAUGCAUUAUGCUUUGAAAUGCAGAACCUUUGACUUCUUUUCUGGAAAAAAAACCCCUAUCUGUUAUCCUUCUGUUUUUUGUUUUUUUUUUACCUAUAUUUUUAAUCUUUCACUCUCAACCGGAAUAUUUCCAAAUGAAAUGAAAACAGCCAAAGUUAUUCCCUUGUACAAGUCUGGUGGAAAAGAUCUGGUUUCAAAUUACAGACCAGUUUCUUUGCUGCCUCAAUUCUCGAAAAUUCUUGAGAAAUUAUUUGACAAAAGAUUGCACAGUUUCAUAGAGAAGCACAGUAUCUUAAGUGAAAAUCAGUAUGGUUUUAGAACAAACCAGUCAACAGGAUUAGCCCUCAUCAAACUUAUAAAUGACAUAACCACUGCAAUAGACAAUAAACUAUACACAAUGGGAAUUUUUUUUAAGGCUGCACGAUAUUGGAAAAAACUAACAUUGCGAUUUUUUUCAACCCUGCGAUAUAUAUUGCGAUAUUAAAAAAUACAGGAAUUUUCACCAGAUGACCUGAAUAGCACUUAAUGUUAUGCUGCACUGCUGAAAUCUAGAGGAAAGUUAACCUGCUCUGAUCUUCCCUCUUUUUCUGAAUUUUAGUAGAAUGGCUUCUGUCUGUCUCAGAGGUAUUUUUAGCUUUUAUUGUGCUGGGACGUUAUUGUGGCAACAGAUGAACACAGAACACGUGUUUUGGUCGACAUCAUCCAUUUUGUUACUGAAAUAAUUCCAGAUAACUGACUUCCCUUCUCUUUUUGGCAACAAGUCUUCAUCUUCUGUGGUUUUCUCUGUUUGUUGCUCAGUUUGCGAUCGUUGUUGUUGUUACCGGGGUGCUGAGAAACGCAUGUCCUCCGAGAGUUGCAUGCACCUCACAAAACGCGCACUGCUUGUAGUAGAGUGGUCCACCAAAAUGUACAAUUUAAAACCCAUACAGUUCUUAUUUGUUGGGCUAAACAGUGAUGAGUAAUGUUCCGAAAGUAAUUCUCAGUGGACCCGCGUUUCUCGGCACAACUCCAGUAGCUGCAGCGACUCACUCCAUGUGCAGGACAUGUGCAGGGGUGGGUUUCCUCCUCUCUGAUUUUGAUUGACAGCUGGCAGGGUAGUCUGAUUGGCAACUGAGAACUGAGUCUGAUUGGCAACUGAGUAAAGAACAGAGGUGAUUGGUGGAUCGCUGCACAGCACAUGGAGUGUAUCUCAGUCAGUUACCCUUAAAAUUAACUGAGUUCAUUCACCUCCGACAUCGCAAGCUCUGCAAUGUGACUAUUGAGCACACGUACAUCGCGAUGACGAUGCUCAAACGAUAUAUAUCAUGCAGGCCUAAUUUUUAUAGAUCUAAAAAAAGCGUUCGACACAAUUGAUCAUGACCUUUUACGUCAAAAGAUGUUUAAAUAUGGUGUCAGAGGGGUAGCUCACGCUUGACUUUGUUCUUAUUUAAGUGACAGAUGGCAAUACGUCUCUUCGGGUAAAACUGAUUCUGGACUGUUGAAGGUUAAGUGCGGCGUCCCACAAGGGUCAGUCCUUAGUCCAAAGUUAUUUAUUCUGUAUCUGAAUGAACUCUGUAAUGUGUCUAAGUAUAUGAACUCCAUCCUUUUUGCGGAUGACACAAAUUUUUUUUGUUCUGGAGAGCACUUAUCUGAAAUCAAAUCUACUGUUGAAAAGGAGAUGAAAUUGGUUAAAAAAUGGUUUAGGUACAGAUGUUAAACUGAGCAUUAACGAUGGAGAAAUUGAAAGAGUGUCGGAAGCGAAAUUCUUGGGUGUCAUUUUGGACCAAAGACUGAACUGGAAAACUCAUAUAAAUCAUGUUAAAUCAAAAUUAGCAAAAUCAAUCGGCAUAAUUUACAAGGUAAAGGAUUUAUUGAACCAGUAUGCUUUGUAUAUUUCGUAUUGCUCAAUUGUGGUUCCAUAUAUCACCUACGGUCUGGAAAUAUGGGGGAAUGCAUACCCUACCCAUACGCAACCUAUUUUCAUCUUGCAAAAAAGAGCAGUACGGAUUAUCACCAAUUCAAAUUACAGAGAACCAUCAAAGAAAUUAUUCAUUAAAUUAAGAGCAUUAAAAUUUAAGGACCUGGGCCCGUAUGCACGUUGAAAGGGUUUAGCGUAAACGCGAUUAGGGCUUAAACGCGUUUAGUUAUACGGGCCUUAAACGCGUUUAGUUCCUAUACGAUUUUGGUAUGCACAAUGCUGUAAACGGAACCGUAUAGCUAACCGCGUUUACUGUGUCUUAAACGGGUUGAGUGACGCUUGAGUGACGGUUCGACUGACUGUCGACUGAUCCACUCCUACCAACUCCCCACACACGUCUUGGAAAGAAGAAGUGGCGUAGUACCUUAAGGUUACGAGGACUUGUUGUAGUGGAGUGAGGGUGAAUCCUCGGUUCGAAAGUUCAAUUUCAGCGGAAAUCUCCUGUGUGAGGUCGAGAAUAUGGUGCCGUCGAAAUCUAAACUUACGGAACACUUCGUGGUCGUCAUACGUGUCGAAGGGGUGUUUUCUGUCACGAAAAAUCCUGUUUCGACGCAAUUGUCGCCGCUGUCUUCCUUGGAACAACAAGAGUGCCGCCGUAUUUAAACGCGUUUAGACCAGCUAUUGGACCCCCAGAGGUGCGAUAACUUUAAACACGAAAAUCCGUAUAGGAACGGCUAUACGAAGUGACGUGCAUACCGACAUUUUUGGCGUUUAGGAGUUAAACGCGUUUAGCGGGCUAAACGCGUUUUGCCAAGCAACGUGCAUACGGCCCCUGGUGGACUACAAAAUAGCACAGACCAUGUACAGAGUACAUAAUAAUUCAUUGCCUUGUAAAAUUGUCAAUAUGUUUAAAAAAAGGGAACGUAGGUAUGAGCUCCAAGGGACACAUAUGAUGGAAAAAAUAAAAACUAGAACCAAGAUCAAAGAACAGUGUACUUCGGUUAAAGGUGUGAAUAUAUGGAACGCUCUUGAUGAUGAAUUGAAGAUGUGUCAGACGAUCCACAAAUUCAAAUCGUUGUUUAAAAGCAAGGUGAUCGAAAAUUAUAGAAAUAAUGAUUGAUGUUACGGAUAAACUAAUAUUCAGGAUUUAAUUUGAUUAUUAUUGUUUUAUUUUUUUCUGAGUUUUUUUUUUUUUUUUUGGUUUUGUUGUUGUGUUUUGUUUUCUAUCUAACGUGUGGAAUGAGAUGUUUUGAAUAUUUUGAUUUAGUAAGAAGGAUAGGCGAUAAUAAGCUCUUGCUUCAGCCUAUGCCUUUUCGGUCGGGUUUUCUUUUCUUUUUAAUCUAUUGUAUAUAUUGAAUGGAUAUGACCAGAUCGAAAUAAACUUCAAACCUUCUCCAUUCAAAGUAGUGGUUGUAAGUGCACCCAGUCAUUGCUGCAAGUCCUAUUGGUUCAAAACACUUAAAAAAUCUGAGCUAAAAGCUGGUCAGCAAAGUAAUUGAGGUGACAUGAGGUGACAUUAUGAUGUGAUGUGUCUGGUCAUGUUAGCAAAACAAUCAUCAGGCACAAGUAAACAUCACCACGAGGUGUUCCAAAAUACCACCAAGGAAAAGAAAAUGUAGGUUUGGGUGAAAGACUGGCAAAGUUGUUUGUUGGAGGAAUUAGUUUGUUGUCCAAGCAAUACAAACUAAAAAUGACUAAUGACAUUACAAAUAGGGCCGCACGAUUAAUCGGUUUUAAAUUGUAAUUGGAUUAUUUGAUUAUGACAAUGUUAAAAAAAUUUUAAAAAAUCAGCGAAUCGAUUUUCCUCUCAGUCAAGUCUCGCGCCUCCAGGCCACCGUAGGCUCCCCCUUCCUGCGAGAGCGCUCCCCAGUUCCCACACACACACACCAGUGUGAACAAACAUGGCGUUUGCAAAAGAAGGCGAUAAUUUUGAGCAAGUUGCUACGAAUUUGCAGUUACAGAUGAAGAGCAAACCACUCCCCUCUGCAAAGUCUGUCUGAAGGCAUUCACACAGAAACAAAUUCAGGAGGAUUCUGUCGUACUGGGGCGUUUCGAGUGACUUUAAAUGGCACUUUUUGAAAAGUUGCCCCUAUGAAUAUAAAUCUUCGAGUUGUCGGAGAAAAAAAUCAGGAUUUUAUUUUUGGCCAAAAUCGUGCAGCCCUAAUUACAACCUGUUUAUCCUCCUACCACCAACAAUAGAAAAGAAUAUAAAAAAAAGAGUAUAAGGAAAACGGCAACUCGUUAGCCUCUCCAAACUCUAAAUGGUUAUUGAUACACCACUGUCUGUGUUUGUUGAAUUGGAGACAAAGUUAUUAUGACAAAAGAAGUCAGUGACAAGCAUAGCUGGUGGUAAAGAAGUGUAAAUUGUGUUGUCAAGACAUGAGCAUAUUUGAGACAGGAGACUACUAGCUCCUCCUCAAGGCUGUGGGUUGAGCUUCUGUCAUGUCUGCCAGUGACUGAUAACUGGAGACCAGCCAUUUCUGCUCCUGAUAAAACCUGCAGUCCUCUCGAGUUUUUCUGUGCUCUUGCUGCCUAUUUACAGUCGAAUGUGAACUGGUUUCUUUCAUCUCUCAGUGUCUGGAUCAGGACCAGAUGAAGCUUGUUGUUUCACCCAGCUGUGAUUCUGACCUGAAGCCCAGUUAGUUUUAGUCCCAUGGAGAACGGGACCCCAGCUCUGUGAAGUUAGCAGAGCAGGAUUGUAACAUGCAUGUCAUGUUUUCAUAUGGCAGCUGUGUUUGGCUCAGACAGUUCGCAGGACUUCAAGAUAAACAAGUUAUGACGUGUGUGUAAACAUGAUGGUCUCCGCUGUUUCACAGCAGGUUUUUAUUUCUAUUUUCUUGGUAUUUAAUCUACAGAGCAUGUGAGCUAUCAUGAUUCAGUCUGGAAAACGGAACUCACUCAGACCAGUUUUCUUACUAAUAGACUGGCUGCUUUUCCUAACAAUAACCUAUAAAAGAAGCUUUAUAUCAGCUCAAAGAUUCCUGGUGCGACGACCAGUGAGGAACUAGGAGAAUAUAAAUGCCCAGUGAUGUCUGUAAAGUUGCUAAUCUGGAUGACUUGUUGAUGACUAGAAAUACCUACCUCCUGUCUUAAUGUGUGUGUGUAUCAACCAGUCAGUGACAAGGAUGCCUUAGUGAAAUUCAGCAUUUGUGAAGGGAGCACUACCAGUGUUUAACAUAGCUAAAUGUUGGAUGGAUUAUAAAAUUAGCUUUCUCGUGUCUUCUUACCACUCACAGUAGUUUUACGUUAUGUGUCAUCUUCACUCAUUCAUAUCACACUCUUGCUGGGUACUGCCAGCAGGGGCGGUAUGAGGAUUAGGUAUAUCGCCCAAGAAUACUGAAAAAUGUGGACCGCAGGACGAAGGGUUAAACUCCCAACCCACAGAUGAAGAAAUUGACACGUUCUACCAUCGAUCCACUGCUGCCCCAAAAAUCAGAUACUGUCCUCCAGUCUGCCAGGCUGUCCCACAGUGGGAUCUAGGGCUGCAGCUAUAUCGAAUAUUUUAGUUAACGAGUAUUCCACCAAAUAUUCCAUCGAUUAAUCAAGUAAUCAGAUAAAACUUUUUUUUUUCUUUUAGUUAAAGUGCAAUUAUUAAUAUACAAGAGAAAAUAAGACAUUCAACUUAAUAAUUAACAAUCAAGUGUUUUCCUUUUUUAGAAAGACGGACCACGGAACAAGUGUGUAUGUUAGUGGAUUGCAGUGUUCGUAAGAAAGCUAAUUAUGAUAUUAACUUUCAUCAUGUCCCUUAAGACAUUAGUGUCUGAGAGCUGAAUAGCUCCUGUGUUUCCUGCUUCUGCUACUAGACUGGCAAUGUUAGGCUGCAAGCUAACAUGAAGAGGAGUGUGCAGAGCAGUGCUGUCUCUGUCCACGACUCAGAGGCAAUUGCUAAUGAGCUACUGGAGCUCUGCAGAGGAAAAGCCCCUCUCAUCAUUUAUUUUUUUCCGCUCUGCAAAACCAAAACCAAGCUUACUCCCCCUUCUACCUUGGUGACAUUGGAGCGUUGUGUCACCUUGACUAUAAUCUGCGUGGAACAGUGACGAUUUGAGCUUAUAAACGAGUACUUGAGGCAGAGAAAAUUCCAUUAUUUUUUGUAAUUGAAGUACUCGAGGAAUCAUUUCAGCCCUAGUGGGAUCCACAUCACAGUACAGCUUGAGGGUGGCAUGAGAGGCACGGCUUGUACACAUACACACUCACUCAAAUAUGCACACACACACACACACGCUGUUCCACCCUGCUAGCUCCAUGCUCCAUGUCACCACCUUCGUGCCCUCAUACUGCCUCUGUUGAGGGAGGAUCAGAAGCAGAACGACUUUGCCUCACCAUUACACCUCUGUUUGGUACACAUUGCAGACGAGAUGUAACAGGGAUGUCAAUUGUCUCACUGUAGCUCUCUGUGCUGUCUUAUAGGCAGCAUGGUUUCUGGCAUGCAGCCUCAGAGCCGUCAUGUUAACCAGUAGUGAACUCUGUAUCUCAGCGAUGAAAGGAAUGUUGACCAAGCCUGGAUGGUAUCAAAAAUUCUGCUCAAUAUUUUCAAAUAGGAAUUAAGCUAGCAUCAUUUCCUCAUGUUAUUUUGUGCACAUACAAGCCUUGAUGAUGUUAAAUGUAUCUUUGACUUAUACGAAUGAUCAAUAAAUUGCUUCCGGUUUGUCUAUAGUUUGUCUCUAUCACAAACUUUGUUUUUGACUUUUGUGAGUAGUUUGAAGCCAGAGAAACAUGUCAGGGCAUUUCAAGGCAAUAUGCGAUAACGAUAGUUAUGACAAUAUGUUACAGAAAUUAUUAUUUGUGAUUGCUGCUUCUGUACAACAGCAAUAUUAUUAUUAUUAUUAUUGGUGUUAUUUUGGGGCCCGACCGAUAUGGAUUUUUAGGGGCCGAUGCCAACACAAAUUAUAAAGGGGGGGAUCUGAUUACCAAUUACAGUAUAACUACCACGAUACGACAAAUUUACAUCACUAAAAAAAUGUACAUUGAUAUCAUCGCACAUGGUAUGAUAUGGCACACUCCUAGUGUAAUGGAUGAGAAAAGUAGAUGAAUGAACAAGUGGGAUAAGGAAUAGCAGUAAAAAUAAGUGGAAAUGCUUAAUCAGCAUUUCCCCUUAAUCAGUCAGGCAUUCAAGUAAACAGAGGAUAGUGGACACCUCAUGACACACACAUAUGCUGUGUGUGAAAGGAGAAUGCCGUCAACAGAGUUAUUAUACAGGCUAGAGUGUGUAUUUAUGUGUGUGUGUGUGUGUGUGUGUGUGGGGGGGGGGGGGGUGGAGGUGAAAGGGGGAGGGGUGGUCAGUCAGUGGACUGGAAACACACAGACACACAAAUGCACUCACACUCUUUGGGCUUCCAGCAGAGCUGUGGGAAUGCAUGAAAUUUUGCAGUUAUCUCUACAGUGUGUUUUGUGUGUGUGUUUUCUGCUGAAAAGAGACAACAGGUUGGUGACCAAGCACUCUGCUGCUCUAAAUUAUCAUCAUAUCUACAGAAAGGUUGGAUCACAGCCUCUUACAGACCACUGAGAGGCUCUAUCUGUGGCUUUAUCUAAAGAACUGAUCCACAUAAAAGAUAAAAAGCAUGUUUGGUCAGAAAAAUAUCCUGCAUCCACCAGCAGUACAAAUGUACAAGUUUUGGAUAGGCAGCCAUAGUUUUUGCAGCCAGCAUGUUGUACUUCAACCUGCCAUUAUCCAAAGCCUUGAUAAAGUAGUAACUUAUGUUUCUCACCAGACAGUGUUACAGUUCAGCUGGAAAGACGUCACAGUGAUUUUAAUGGUGCUAUUUUGAAUGUCUGGAUAAUUACACAAGUCUAAAAAAAGAAACAAGUCAUUAAGCUUCAUUAGAUAGAUAUUUGAUUUUGUAUACUGGUUGUUCCACUAGUGGGUUAGCCUCAAAUCAGUGGGCGCUACAGAGCAGAGUGUUGUGGUGCAGCAGUUGGAAGUAAUCAAUCGGACUUCAUCCCAGUUAAAUGUUUGGCUUUUAUCAUGAGGCUUGGUUUGUAUCAGACAAACUGUUACUCUUGCAAUGCACCGUGUACAACAAAACAGAAAAUAUCAUGAUCUAACUGCAUGCUGAGAUAAAAUGAGUAUUUUCUCAGGAAAAUAUGGUAAAAACAAAGAAGCUGGGAGAUAGGGGAAUAUGAACUGCUAAAGGACGAGCUUUCAGAGGGAGACUUGAUUUGUUGAUUUAUGUUUUUUUUUCUUCACAAUUUCCUCUACCUGCCAGAGAUGUUUCUAGUGACUAAUUUUCAAGACUGUUAAUGGAAAUUUUAACAACAACAACAUGCCUGGUUUGAUGUUAAGAAAACAGUCAGUCAAAAUUGAGCCCAUCUUAUCUGACAUGGCUAACUUUUCUUCCACCAUCUGUCUGCUGUGUUUGUUUACAUUCAGGUAUAAAGCAUUUUAGCAUCUGCCUGUUGCUGUUCACUACAGUGGUGAGCAGCAGCACUACAGCCUUGACACAACAUAUGACCACCAUCUCAGGCCUAAAUUGAUAAAAAUGAUUAAUCUGUUUCCCUACCUGGCUUCCAUCUCUGCAGCUCAAAGUUCAGUCUUUGAGUUGACUCAGAUUGUAAAUCUCUGAAGGCUCAUGUGAAAAUGAGAAUCAUCUCACUGCUCUCUCAUUGAUCUCUUUACACAUCUUUGUUGUGCCCUCUGUUUAACUGCUGCUUGUUGUGGCGUUGUUUUUAUUGUUGUACUGACUGCAUUGGGAAAUCUGUCACUAUAGUGUUGCAGUGUGUAACAUGACCUUGACUUGCUCUGUUGUUUGCCGCAGCAGACUGCUCUGUAGCUCUUUGCCAGGCUGCCAGGCAGGCUGGCAUACAGUGAGGCCAUUGUGGUCUUGUGCUUGUCUGGCAUUUUGAAACACUGACUGCUCGACUAUCUCAUCCUUGAGCAUGAGCGGAUAAAGAGAGUGACUGUCCUGCUACUACUUACUGAAUGACUGUCUUCAGCUUGUCCUCUCUGGACACACUACAGAAUGAUCUGCAGAGUCCCAAAGGGUGAGACUCUGACUUGUAAGGCCGGACGAUAUAUCAGCUGAUAAUAAAAACUGAAAUUACUUAUAUUUUUAUUAACACUGAAUUUACAAUUUUUUUUUUAAUCAAAUUUUCUUUUCUGCUGAAAUGAGAAACUUAAAAAUUAAGAAGACAUGACUCUACACACUGGAGCUGGUUUGGUUUAGCAGUGUGAGGCUGUUGAAGCUGCCAUAGUAAAAAGGGAUAGAACGCCGACUAAAACAUGACGGAGGAAUAAACAUGCGUAGCCAUCAGUUUUGUUUGAUGCACACACACACUGACAAAGCAGGGGCAUGCAGUCAUUUAUUAAUUUGCAAUACCUGCCAUUAAUUCACCACACCCCCUUAGACAAUGGUCAAGAGCACAUUCAAAAUCAGCAUGUCAACACCCCCACUUGCUCUUAGGCUGAAUAACAACAUACAGUUGUCAUGUACAUUUGCAAAGAACCCAGUCAAUACAUUUUUCUUCAUGUUUAACCCUUCAUACCACAAAUAAAACACACAAAUCUAUCAAGCAUGGCUUUAGUUACAGGUUUGGUCAAAAUAUCUGCAACCACUUCGCUGUAGGACAAUAUUCAAUAGUUAUCUUUCCAUCAAUAAGUGCAGAUCGAACAAAGUGAUACUUUAUAUCAACAUGUUUACACCUUUGACGGCAUACAGGGUUUUUAGACAAAGCAAUUGCCCCUUGAUUGUCCUCAUAAAUUGUCACUGGUGUGUAAUCAUAUUCAUUGUCCAUUUUGUUUAGUAACUGGACAAGAUAAGGCUCUCCUGUGUAGUAGCUGCCAAAGCCAUGUACUCAGCCUCACAUGUGGAAAGAGCAACUGUAGAUUGUUUCUUAGACUUCCAAGAAAUAACAGGACCAGUUUCAGACAAACUAAAACAGUAACCAGUUGUACUUCUCCUGUCAUUUUGAUCUGCUGCCCAAUCAGCAUCACUAAAUGCAAAAAAAUUAAGAUUUACAUCAUUUCUCCUGUAACACAAUUCCUGGUUUACAGUUUCCUUUGAAUAUCGCAAUACAUGCUUAGCAGCUACCAAGUGUUGUUUUAUUGGUUCAGAAAUGUUGUGACAGCUUGCUGACAAUGAAACCUAGUACAGGUCAUUACAUAGAUCAAGCUACCAACCACUUCUAGGUACCUCUUUGGAUCAACAGGUUCACCUUCAUUUUCAAAUUUCAGUUUGUUUUCACAUGGAGUUGACCUUGGUUUGCAGUGAGUCUGGUUAAUUUUUAUUUCACCAUCUCCUUGUGCAAAGUCAGUGCCCAGGAAAUGUUUAAGUUUGCCAAGAUCUUUCAUUUUAAAUUUUUCUUCCAACAUUUUUUUCACAUCUCUGAGUGUCCGACUAUCACUCGCUGCAAUAAGAUCAUCGACCCAGAUUAUCAGUAUGAUCUUCUCACUUCCAGUUUGUUUACUGUAAACACAAUGGUCAGCAGGAUCUUGAAUUAAAUCAUUUUGGCUUAAGAAAUCAUGUAGCAUUUUAUUCCAAUUCCGCCCUAAAUGUUUCAAACCAUAAAGUGAUUUUUUAAGUUUACAGACAAGCUUUUCACCCGUUUCUGACUUAACCUUAAAUCCCUCUGGCUGUUCCAUGUACAGUUCACACUUCACAGUCAAUAGGGGCAUGUAAAUAUGCAGUUUUUACAUCCAUUUGAUGCAGUUCUAAGGUAUUACGACCCAAUGCUGUAAUAGCAGUCUCUGCGCAAAUGACAUAGUCUGUGACGCUCUCAUUAGCUCCGUGUAGAGGCUGAUCACUCGUGGUUUCCCCAUACCAGCGUAAUGUUCCCUCAGAAUUUUUAGCGCCUUUCUGCCAUCAUUCGUUGCAUCUCUCAUCACCAAGGACAGGCUUUUAUCAUCUAACAGCUGAAUCAGUUCUGCAUACGCGUCUUCAUUUUUCACUGCAUCGUCUGCUGCACCUUCACUCGCCUCACCAGGCAGUUCACUCAGUAUGGUGCCCUUCAAAUUAAGCAGACGCAGCUACGCCAGAAACUUUGUUUGCCACAGUUCGUAGUGUUUCUCAUCUUUGUCGAAACAUAAACGGUUCCAUUGGCUUCCAAGCUCCUUUCUGGGCCCAUAACCUGUUGAAGCUGCCAUAGUAAAAAGGGAUAGAACGCCGACUAAAACAUGACGGAGGAAUAAACAUGCGUAGCCAUCAGUUUUGCUUGACCGGCAUGCACACACACACUGACAAAGCAGGGGCAUGCAGUCAUUUAUUAAUUUGCAAUACCUGCCAUUAAUUCACCACACCCCCUUAGACAAUGGUCAAGAGCACAUUCAAGAUCAGCAUGUUCAACAGAGGCCUUAAACAAACAAAAUAACUGUUUUUAUCGUGCAAAUAUUUCGGACGUCAAUAUUCUUUUUCGAACGUGUAUCCUGUCAGAACAGAGUGCUUUUUGAUAAAAGACACAAACAUUACAAAGAUAACGACCUGAAGGACAACUUGUGCUUUGUGUGCUUGAACAGUUUGCUAAACAUCUUUGUUUUAAGUUUCAUCUGUGCUGACGUAAGCUAGCAGUUGUUACCAUAGUUUCAUUUGCUUAUCUGGUACUGGCCCCGACUCCUGUCUUAGCUAACUGAAGCUAACACUGUUGUUCCUCAACGUCACGUGUUUUUUUUUUUUUUUUUUUAAACUUAAUGUUAAAUUAACUGAGCUUCUCUCUCUCUGGUCUUCUGACCACUCAAAGUUCCUUUACAUCACAUGUCACAUUCACACACUGAUGGCAGAGUUCAUCAGUUGUGGACCAAUUCCAUUCACACAGCACUGGAUGCAGCCAGUGGGGGCAGGUGGGGUCAGGUGUCCUACCCAAGGACACUUAAACAUGUGGACAGCGGGACCUGGGAUUGAACCCCUGACCUUAUUAUUGAGAAACAGCCGACUUUACCACUGUGCAACAGAAAAACAAAAAAUAUAGAUAUAUGGAGCCACUACAAGCUCUGACCUAAUGUAAAGAAAAUGUGGAAAUUCUAAUAGCUUAUGGUUGAGAAUCAAAAUAAAAGUAUUGAGAAAGUAGAGAAAUGUACUGUGUACUGUGAUACACUACAUAAAGUGUUUAUAAACACUCUGCAGAGUAUGUUAAGGCUCCUAAAAUCAUCUCCCUAAGGUCAGAACUCCCUCCCAUGAGAAGCAUUCAAAGGGCUUACUGAUGAGCUGUCCUCAACAGCCUGUAAUGGUGAUGACCCUUCUCUGUGCAGAACAGCUUUUUCUUCAAACUUUACUUAUUUUUGCUGUUGUUAUAAAACCCUGAAAUUUGUGCUCUCACACUCAGUAAAGAGAGGCUGGGUCAAAACAGGUGUGUCUGUCAUACCUACUCUGAUUUAAAGUUAUAAAGAGAUUUAUGGAAGCGUCUGUAAAGUUGGAGGCAGAUUUAACACUUAUAAAAACAUGUGGUUAUAUUUAUGAGAAUGCAUAAACUGUACACAAGGAACAAGAGUUUUUGGUCUCAGAAGUCUGUUUCUGGUCUAUACAGCCACUUUGGUGUGUACUCAUUCUCAAACAGGCAUUUCAUGUUGCAAAACCAUAUUUCUGGGAUUCAGACUUGGAUUUUUAGCAGUAGUUUGAGUCUUUGAGUGGCAGAGUGAUAUAUUUUCCCACAGAACUUGUUCAACUAGUUUAACAAGUUCAAGCUCUGCCUUGACAGUCUUCCACUCUGUCUGGUUGUCCAUGACCAACACCCUCAGCUGUUAUUCCUAUUCCUUUCAUAAUGAUCAUAUAUAGAGGAUGGUGGACGACUAGCUUCUUUACCACUGACAGUGUCAAGUCCUUCCACAGCAUGAUGUUGCAACUAUAUUGUCUGUUUUACUUCACAUUCUGUUUUUUGUGCACAUCGGAGAGACAUUGAUAUACCCCAACAGCAAUGCAGCCACUGCGGCAGGUCAAUAAAGAAAGUAUUAGAAGUCGUUGACCGAUAGCAACAUAGUCUGAACCCGGGUCUCCGCCUGUUCCACGACCACACUUGAAAGCAGCACCACAGCAGGCUCAGUAGCCAAAGUACAGCGCCGCCUCCCCUUGUCAAAGCAGGUGUUAAUGUUUACAAUGAAAGUAAGUUGUAGCACAGCAGUCAGGCGUGUUCUCCUCUGUAGUUUGAUGUCAGUAAAUAACUUCAAGUGGAUGUUAUUAUCGUGUGUCCUUUUUCUGGCAGGACCUAAAGGAUCUACAUCUUUGAGGGUGCGUUUUGUAAGAUGUGCUCUUCUCCAGUCUAAGAUUAUUCAAAGACGCUGUAGCUGUGGUCAAAGAAGCAACUGCACUGUGACUUCCCACGGUGUUACAGAAAAUCACCACCAUUCUUAAUGAAAGCCCAGUACAUUUGUUGAAUGACGUGUUUUAAUUCAGACAAAUUUAAGCUAAUAAAAGUCCCCGGUUGUUAUGCUUGUAAAAUUAUUAUAAAACAGUCAUAUCAAGAUAGUGUUUUCAGCACUAGCAGGUAGACCGGACUCCUCCUAUCAUAAAAUAAGGUCUUAAAUUACAAACAGAGGCAGUAGCAAAAACAAAACUUCAAACCACAUUGAUUCAAAGACAAACCACAGAGUACUGAGUACCGAACGUUUGUGUCUUUUAAAAUAAUUUCCUGUUCUUAGACAACAAAAUAAAGAGAAAUACAAUCACACCUUCAUUUCUAACACCUUAAUAUAAUUCCGUACCAUUAAAAACGACAUACAAACAAAAGUCCAGUGAUAUAAAUUUUGCGUCACAUCACCCACCCUAAGCUUGAUUUCAUCCUUCCUGGAGGAUUUUAAAUGUUGUUACUGAGAGAAUAGAGUUUAGGGAAUCAUUACAUUUGGGAUUAUAUUUUGGCCAGUGUGAUUUACAUCGUAUGCCCAACAAUAACAGCUAUGAAACACACUUGGCCUUUAACUGUUUUGGCAGAGAACCCUUUUUUUUUUUUUUUUUUUUUGGAUGUCCUGAAUUUCAAAUAUUUGAUUCUUUGUGUCUUUUUGUGUCUGCAGGCUUUCAAAGAGAUGCUGUAUGCUGCUCAGGACCAGGCUCCAUCUAUUGAAGGUAUUUCACACACAGUGGCACGUGAACAGUAAGAGCUGUUUCAUUGUUAGUUGUUUCGUAGUACUAUCCAGCUCCAGGGGUGUGGCUCUGCUGUAAGACUUUGUUGAACUGAAUAUAAGAUUACUCCGGUUUAUAAUGACCCCUCCUCUUUUGUAGGAAGGGCCUUUUAAAUACCUAAUCUUGUUUUAAAGAGAAAAGUAUUUGAACUAAAAUAACAUGAAACUCUUUAAAUAAAACAAAGUUAGUUGACUACUUUUUAAAUGAAAUCUUUUUUUUUUUAUGUUGGUCACAUUAAUUAAAGAAAAGAUGAUCACAUUUGUAAAUGAAGCACCCAGCUAUUGAUACUCAAACACUAUAAUGAUAAAAGUCAACUGCAGUGAUUGGAUGGAAGAUGUCUCUUGAAAUGGUCGUAGUAUUUGUUAGGGCCGCAACUAACGAUUAUUUUGAUAAUCGAUUAAUCUGUCGACUAUUUUAAUAACUAAUCGAUUAAUCGGAUAAACACAGAAACUUUUUUUUUUUUUGCUUAUUCCAAAAAUAUUUUUAUUUUCCAAACACCUGAGCUUACUUCUGGUGCUUCCCCAGGACAGCAGCACGACACAACAAUAUAAAAUAAAAAAAAAAUAAUAAAAAUUAAAUAAAUCAAACCGCGCACUGAUUCCAACAGGUACGGGAGGAACUAGUGCAAAAUAAACAGUAGAUCAGCAGCACAAGAUAAAAUAAAGAUCUAUGCCUUGAGCUUGUAGAUUAUGGAAUUAUGAACAUGUGUGCAAAUCUCCCAAUAUAUAUAUAUACAUAUAUAUAUUCUUCCACAUGAAUGUUAACAAAUCUUUGCAACAUUGUUUUCAACAUAUUUUCAGAUGAAAGUUCCCCAUCAAGUAAAGAUGUCGCAGUAACUAAUAAACAAAAAACCGUUGUGUGUCUGUGUGUGCAAAAAUGUGAGUAAACUGAGGUACCGUAUUCAACUGAGGACUUAGACUGAGGCAUCAAAAAGACAACAAAAAUAAAUGAAGGGGCGCUCACUUUCGACAACAAACUCAAUAAACAAACUUAAAGUCUUCUACUACAUGUCAUGUAGUCUUCUACCUCAUGAACCUGGAAUUGCAAUGUAAGAAAGUGAGCAUAUCAACAUACUCCUGGCUGAGGCUUGCUCUUUUCUUUGAGGCAAUGUUGCCUGCGGCUGAAAAGAGCCGCUCAGAUGGAGUUGAGGUUCCCAGUGUCUUAUACAUGAUCACUCCGGUAACGUAGCGGACGCGAAACGGUUAAACUCAAAUGGCGGCGCCCAGUCACCCAUCCACUACCACGAUGACUUGUUUAUUUCUCGGUAGUUUUUAAAUAUAUCGGCAUGACUUUCCCUGUGUCUGCUGAAGUGCCACUGCCUUCACCCAGGCUAAGAAACACAGGUUUUCUCUUCAGAUGCUCACGCAUCAUCGAUGUACUCCCGUGCCAUGCAAAAAGGGCUUUGCAAAUGUUGCACUGAACGCCUUCCUUUUCAGUCUUGGUAAAGUUUUCCCACACCACUGAUGUUUUAGGUCGGGAUUUGGGUUGGAUUGUGUCCAUGUUUUUCUCAGCCUCGGCCAUGGCUGUUUCUUUUCUGUGCGUCCUGCUGAUGUUUACAUGCCGGUGUCCAUGGACAUAUAUAAAGACCCGACGAAUCGAUCACAGAAUUAGUUGGCAACGGAUUUUUUCGUCACGACGAAUCGACUUAAUCGAUUCAUUGUUGCAGCCUUAGUAUUUGUGGGCAAAUGCAUAUUUUCUAGACAGUCUUUACACGCUCAUCAUCCUCAGAUGUUACAGUCAUUGGCACCAUAUUUCUUGGCUGUUUGACAUUUUUGCUGUUAGGUCACCUCUCUACUGCAUCUCAACUCAAUCUCCAUUAUAAGUUAACUGUCUUACUCCUGUGCUUCUUGCUCCAGUCACUAUGUCUCUCCAUUGGUUCUAGCACACUGCAGCUCAGUAACAGCGCUGGAAUGGAGUUUUACUAUCAUUACGCCUUUGUACUUGCUAGGGUUGGGUAUCGAGAAUCGAGUAUCGAUGGGGACCGGGACUAACAUUUCGAUUCUUCCGGUAUCGUUCAAAUAUUAAAAAUUCGAUUCCAAGUUUCGAUGCUGGAGUCCGCCGACCGGAAGAAAUUGCAGCCAGAAAUCAACGAAGAAGAAGCCGCUUAACACCAACGAGGACGGAGCGUAGGAGACGAAGCCACACAGAAAGUGAAGAGAGACAGAGAGAGAAAGUACAUUGCAAUCCACAGCAAUGCAGCCGCUGUGGGUUACAAUGCACUCUCUCUCUCUGUCUGUCUCUUCUCUCUCUCUGUGGCUUCGUCUCAUACGCUCCAUCCUCGUUGGUGUUUGUCAGCUUCUUCUUCGUUGGUCAAAAGUUUGGCUAACUUUAGCAGGAAGAAUGAACUCUUAUCUCAAUGCAACAUUAGCAAUACAGUUAUAUCAUGCAAAGGAGGGUAAACAACCAACAUGAUUAAACACCUCAGGAUUCAUGGAGGAGAACUACCUGAGUACUCGUCUUUGACGCGCUUCGCCGGUGUUGUGCCAUAGAAUGCACCCCUGCUGUAGAAUGCACCCCUUACGGGAGCACGGUGUAAAGUACACAACGAGGCGAAACAAUCCAAGUUUUUCUUACCGUUGAACGGAAUCUAAAGCGUGUGCCUUUAAUGAUUUUAUUCAGGCUAUUCAGAUAUGCCGAAAACAAUAGCCCUCUGAUUCGGAAUAUUUGCUGUCCCGAAAAUAUAAUGUUCUCUACCUUGACAGCUUACUGUACAGUUUAUAUACCCUAGUACACCUCUAUGUGUGCAUUUUUGAGACACAUAAAAACAAAACGAAAGUUUACUGUUCCAUUUGACAUGUUUUCAUGAUCUAAUACUCGUGUUUUUUUUUAAAUAUGAGAUCAUUGUCUUCCACUUUAAGAAGCUAAUGAGUGGAGGUGAGGCAUUCUAUGGGAGGGGUGCAUUCUACAGCACAACACCUGUCUUCCGCUAACCAGUCAGGAUCAGAUAAGUGAAACAAUAAAUUACUUCUGUCCUCUGCUAACAUUGAAGCGGUAAACAAAUUGUACUGUGUACGGUGAGUUAACUUAAAUAUCCAACUAACGUUAGCCCUUGUACUUUUUCAUAGACAAACAACCUGACUACAAAAAUUGGUAUUUAUAUACUGGUUGAAAAUAGCCCUGUGAGAAAUUCAUAGUAAAGUUCUUAAAAAGUUAAUAUGAUUUAAAAAUUCAUGGAGAAGUUCAGAAAUUUCAUCCAAAAAGAAGAGCUCCGGUUAGCGCUAACCCAUUCAAACCAUGCUUUUUUUUUUUUUUUUUUUGAUAUCCUGCCUUUUAAAAGACUCGAAAUAGAGAAUCGAUAGAAAUCGGAAUCGAAAUGAGGAAUCGAAAUCGGAAUCGUUCAAAAUCAAACGAUACCCAACCCUAGUACUUGCACAUUGCACCCUGAAACAGCAUAUCAUUAGUGGUGCAAUUAUUUAACCUUUUAAGCUAACUCUGCAGAAGCAUAAGAGGCACAGCUUGCUAAUACACACUCACAUGCUCUGACACACAGCGCAGCUUCGUCCGGCUGAUUCUAGCGCCGCACAUCGUCACCUUCUCCCCCCUGUUCAUCACAUGCUUUUCAGAGAAAUGGCACCACUGACUGUCUUUGCACUUACUGUUAAACCCAAUUAGAAGCCAAGCAAAUUUUUUCAAAGAAGUUUUUCAGGAAUAAGUGUCCAGGUCUGUUGAGUAUUUAGAAACAGCAUGUUGUCACAGGGAAGCACUCAGAGACCGGAAUAGUUUAUAGCACCCGAGUGCGAAGGUUCUGCUGGGCCACAGAUAAAUAUUUAAGACCUUACAAAACUGAAAACUACUUGUGAACUUGUGCACCUUGUAAUCUUAAAACUCAGUUAUCCUGAUGAGUUGUUUUCAUUCCCUUUUGAAAUAAACUUCCUUCAUAUUCAGUUUGCUCAGUUUAUGCUGUAUAUGGGCAUUGCAUCAUUUUACAGGUAAAAAUUGUGGAGAAGUGAGACUUCUCUCAUCCUGAGCGUUAUGUAUGCAGAACAGCAACCAGUAAAAGAUGAGUAAACACAACAAAGCAAAAGUUUCAGUUUUUCUGGAUCAUAUUUAGUUGUUGUUUCUGCUUUUGUUGAUGCAGAUUUAAUCUGCAUUUCUGGAUGUAGAAGCUAAAUGUGUUCAGACACAGGUCUUUGGGUUCUUGGUUCUUCGCAGAAUUAGUUGAAGAUAUUUCUCCUGUUUUUCUGUUUUUCAAAUAUUUUUACACAGCUUUUUCAGAGUUUAGUUGUCCCUGUUCUGAAACAGUUUUGAAACUUGAUGCUGGCACUAAAUUUAAAAAUGCACAUAUAUAGUCGAUUUUCUCCAAAGCAAUGACAUAUUUGGGUGUCAGCAUUUGUUUUAUUUCUUAUCAAAUGAAUGUUUUGUCACUGUAACAAUCCACCACAGCAAAGGACUAAAAGGAUCCAUGUCUCCUUUGUAUGAAAAUGCCUGAAAGUAAAUUUGUUUGAGCAAGUAAGGUCAUGAUCAUUACUUUUCUGAAAUACUGAAAAUAUCAAGGCAGAGUAUUACAAAACUGAAGACAUGGUUUCUCAACAUUCACAGCCUGACCAAAAUUAAAGGCUCAGAAGAGUCUUAAAAUGUCUUUAAACCGGUUUUUAGAGGCUUCAGUCUUAAUCGUGUAAUGACUAGUCUGAAUUAGCCCCUGCACUGCACACUUUUUAGGCAAUAUUAAAGGUUUGAAGACUGGCACUUGUCUUUUCUAAUGUCGGAGAUGUAAUGCAACAUUACUACAUAUCUGCAAUAAAUAAAUAAAUGAAACACAGUCAACCAUGAAAGGAAGUUAAGUGUUUAGGGUGAGUAUCUAUUAAAAUGGAGCAAAUCAAAACCUGUGUUUAUUUUUAUACAGCUGCUACAGAGAAGAGAAGAGAUUAUUCUUACAACAGAGCAUCAAAUAUGCAUCCUACAUAUACACAAUAAAUGAGAAGAUAAAUGACCGAGUUUAAAGUGGAUGAGAGAUGAAUUAGUGGAAAAAUGAUAGCUGGAAGUAUUAUGAGCUAAUUUACAAAGGAAGCAAAGUACCUCAGUGAAGGCUUUAUUUACACUAGGGGUGGUUGUGAUACUCAAAGGCAGAUUUUAACUCACAUAUUGUAUUCAAACUAGGGCUGAAUGAUUUAAAAGAAAAAUCUAAUUGCAAUUUUUUUCCUCAAUAUUGCGAUUUAAUAUCCGAUUAUUUUUUCAAGGUCCUCUUGUCAUGUAUUUUUCAACAAAUAAUAAAUCAACCUGUAUUGUAGUCAACAAUAUCAGAUUAAUUAUACAUAAAUUGCUCUUUCUGGUAGUUACCAUCACACACACACAGGCUCUCUCUGCUCACUCACUAUCGCGCACACACAUGCACAUGCCAGCAUAUAUGUCAUGAUACUAAUCUACUUACCGAUAGCUAGAUGUAAUCGGUGCCCAAAACACUGGAGUCGAGUCUGUUCAUUCAGCUGUGCUGCCAUCACUGUAUUGGAUGCGUUUUCUGUCGUUAUGCAGACGUAGUUCAAAGUUGAAGCGCUGGUCGCUGGUGUUUUAGCCAUUCAAAUAUCAUACAUGGCUUUGUUGUGUUUUUUUCAAGUGUUGAUAAAGGUUCGUAGUGUUACCUCCUGAUGUAGCAACAGCAGCGAGACAGGUUCUGCAUGUUUUGCCGCAGCAUCUUUUUUUACUCAAAAUAAAUCCACACGACUGCUGUGCUGCUACUCUUUGGUAACAAACUUUAUGCAGCGACAGCUUCUGUAGCUGAAUUAGGCCAUAGUGCGGUAGAGUGCAGUGGCGACUUCUCUCUCUACCUGCUCUGCUUCGCUCCGCUCGCUCACAAGUAACGUGACCAGUCAAAAUCGCAGUCUUAAUCAUUCAGCCCUAAUUUAAACCAAUACUUUUUAGAGGUAAAUGGAUGGAUGGAUAAUAAAUUUAAACGCAAACUCAAGACCUUCCUUUUUAAUCUGGCUUUUUAGCUGAUUUUUGUUUUAUUCUUCUAGCCUCUCUUUUAGUCUACUCUUUUUAUCUUAUGUAUUUUACUACACUUUAAUUCCAGAAUUAUUAUUUUAUGUUUUAACACUAUUUGUUUAUUUUCUUUUAUUAAUUGACUUAAAAACAGUUUUAUUAUAUAAUAUUUUAUUAUUUUAUCAUUAUUACUCUUUUAUUUCAUUUAAAAAAAAAAACAUUUUAUGAGUUUCCUAUAUCUUAUCAUGGUUUUAUCAGUUUAGCUCAGCUCCAGUGUUUCCCCAUUUUUGUUUAAGAUAGUGUUUCCUUGGUCCCCUGGGGCUUCCUGCUGAGCCCUGACUUGGUGUCCCAGUGUGUGUGUGUGUGUGUGUGUGUGUGUGUGUGUGUGUGUGUGUGUGUGUGUGCGCGCGUGUGUGUGUGUGUGUGUGGUGGGGUCUCUGUUAAAUGCGGGCUUUGAGGGUGGGUGGGUGAGUGGGUGGGGUUUUGCAAUUUGUAUUUUAUCUUGUAUUUUAUUCGGUAUCCCCUGAUCCUCUCCUUCUUGUAUUCUUUAAUGUACAGCACUUUGUGAUACAGUCCAUAUAUGAAAAGUGCUCUAUAAAUAAAGUGAUUGAUCGAUUGAUUGAUAAAUCGGUUGGCCGAUUAACGAAGUCGAGUAUUGGUGUAUUGAUAUAAUCAGCAUCAUAUCAACACCGGCCCUCACAAGGUUGAUAUCACCAUUAUCUCUUUAAAUCACAAAUCCAUGUGACAGCAUAUUAAACCUAGGGCUGACUGUUCUGUACAUGCUUUCUCUCACUCUGAUGAAAGCAUGUAAUGAAUGUUGUUUUCUUGUCGGUCCUGCAUUACAAAGACAGUGUCAGUUAUACCUUUUGCCUUCAGCCUCUAUACUUGCCAUUGCAUCUUGUCUGAAAUGGUUUGUUGAAGUAUUGUUUGUUUGUUUUUUUCUUUUAUUUAUGGAGUUCCUUCAUGUUUUCAUGUAGGGACUCAAAGGCUCGCCUGGAUGAUGAACUGAUGUGAUGAAAAGUUGGUGUUCAAAGGAUCAGGUCCCUGUGAUUUGUAAAAAAAAAAAAAAAAAAAAAGGUUAAAGCUAUUGCUCAAGGAUGCAUGAGAGUAAAGCCUGAUGUUGCUGAAUAACAGACCAAAAAAACACCAAUUGUGAAAUGAAAAGUAUAGCCUGGAACAGAGCGACAGACAUGUCAUAAUGGUCAUAAUGAUAAUAAUCAUGAUCAACUGAGCUAAGCACGAUGAGAAAAGAGAAGAAUAAGUCCAAAAAGGGAUGGGGAGAUUACUCAAGUCUGACUGUGGUGCCUGUUUGUGUGUUUGUGCACUGAUGUGGGGAUCGAGCGGGAGCUAGGGAGUGGUCUGGCCACUCCAAUUAACUUAAUUUGGUGUCUUGUUCAAAAGCAGCCAGUCACAGCUGGUGAAUCACAAAGUCUCUGUCAGGUCUGUCUCCAAACCACCUGCCCUGAUUGUUAUUUUGCUGUUAUUGACGUGACAGUGGGUUCAAAUCUGUGGUGGGACACACACAUUCUCCAUGGCCAGUGUUUAAUUAACUUCAGCUGAAUCUGUUUAAGGUUUGAGAUCAAAGAUGGUUGAAAUUACAGGACUUUGUACCUUAGUAUUUGGGAUACAACCUUGAUUUCAGCAUUUUUCCAAAGCAGCCGAGGUUUGAUAUGGAAGCGAUUGUGACUCAUAUCUCAAAUUCAAAAGUAUUAGCAGAAAUGCUUUUUCAUUUCAAAGUCAUGGCUGCACUAUUUGACUCAAAAAUAAAAAUCAAAAGCAAUAUUCCAAAAUGCAUUUUCAUUUUCUUCUUCAAGACUGCUCAUUCUGUGACUAAAUUAAAAAGCAAAAGCAAAUUCAGAAAUGCUUUUUCGUUUUCAUGCUCGCCCCGCAAAAAGUAUCUCCUAAUUCAAUCUGAGUUCACAAUCUCAAGUGGCCCCGGAAACCGACCCCACUCGUUCUGGACCCUUCUGGCCGAUAGGGGGCAGUGAAUCCGUGUAUCAUUCGUUCAAUUGAUAUUCAAUGUAAUUAACACAGCCUGUACACCUCGCUUGUUGGUUGUAUUCAAUGUUUGUGUGGACGUCUACACAACUAUGAUCCAUGCUUCAAAUAAGUAGAAACGAAACACUUGGUGUUAACGAAGAUAUGUUACAAAUAUUUCCUCCUUGGAAAAGCGUCCGCUGUCACCACUGAUCGCAGUCAGCGUGAAUGAAAUCAAACUGUGGAUCGCGGCUAUCUGUUUCAGCGGACUAACAGACUUUAUACUCUUCAUUGUUCUCAUCAAUGAUCGAUGGAUUUGGGAUAUUUUGCAAAUAAAGGGCCAUAAACACAGUGAGAAACAGACAAAAUAGUCAUAGAGAUGCCUUAAAAAUACCUGAGACAGAAUCACUGCAGUCUCUGUCUUUGUUAACCUGUGACUGUAUGCAGAUGACAGCGGUGUGUCAGCUGUGCUGGUCCUUUUUACUCACUCACUUACAGCAUGGAGACGUGGACUCUCCACAUUUAUUAUAAUUAUAUUAUAAUUCCAGUCUAUAUUUUUGACUCAUUUUGUCUUGAGAACAUCAGUUGGAGUAGUCAAAUAAGAUACUGAACCACAAGUUUGAGUGAUUAUUACAGAUGACAAAUUACAGAUAAUACGGAGAGACCAGACUUGCAGCGACCUUUCGGUUCAAGCGCAUCAUUUGAAUUUUUGAUAGAUUUUUUUCUCUCACCCCUAGUAUGCAUGUUGUUUCACCAGCCUCUAUGAACUUGAAUGAAUAUCAAUGAAGUCAGGGAAACAUUUCAAAUAUUUCAAAAGCAGGUUUCUGAAAGUGAGUUAAUUUUACACCCGAGAUCAUUCUUCCUUACAGUGACUCCUGCUUUUUGAACCUGCAUCCUUGGCUUUCCUCUUCACAUGCAGACCCAAACCUCUGCUCUUGUAUUGCACACAGACACACCUGCCUCUCUGUUUAUCUCCCUGGAACAUUAAACUUGACUUUCUUCCUCAGCAGUAUUUUCUGUCAUUUGCAGAAAAAAAACUCAACUUUGCAGUCUUCUGUUUUCACAACAGUCAGUGAGCCAUUUGAGGUGGAGGCUUGUUGUUGAUGACAUAGUGUAUUCAAACCAAUGUGUUACCAGGUGACAUUUGCACCAACCAGCUACACUUACAAGCUUUUAUUGACAACAGCUCAAGUAGGCCUACAUGAAACAGGAGACACCACAAUAGCUGCACUUUGAGGUGGGAAAUCUCAAUCUCCUCACAGAGCUCAGUUAUCAGUACAAGAAAGGAUAUUGUUCAGAUUGUGUUGAUCUCUUUCCCUGACAAAAUCAGACAAACUAAUAAAAAAAACGCAAAGUUUGACUGUCAAACAUUGUUCUCUUUUCCUCAGCUGAGGAAGAAAUAUCUUCACUUUCAUGCAGCAAUGCUGUAAACAUAAAAGUUAGCCUGCCAUGAGAGACAGGAUAUGAGUAGAGAUCUGCAAAGAUGCAUCAUUUGAUUUCAUGAAGUCACCUGAGUUGUCAGUUCACAAGUGAAAGACAGGAAAAGCCUGUACAGUUGCAUUAUCAGCCUGAAAAACACCUGAGCUCAGCUAACCUGGCCUGACCUUUAAAACUGAAUAUUUACCCUGAAAACGAGGAAGUAUCCACACUGAUGUCAGCUGUGGGAUUGUAGCUGAUCUGGGACUUUGAACAGAUCAGGGAUCAGAACUUAGCGCUAAUCAUCUCAUCUCAAUUCUGUCCAUCAGCUGCUGUGAACUGAGCUUAGUUUUCAUCAGAACUGAAGUAACCUUGAAUAAGCAGCCUCUUGGCUCAAAUAUAAGCAGUGCUAAAAAAAAACCCAUCUGAAACACAACCAAAUAAGCAAAAACAGUCUGACUGCUACUUACUGUGUAUGCAGUAACACUAGCAAUAGAGCUGUGUUCAGGAUUUGGGUCGUCUUUGGAUCUUUUGUGAUGUCCUGCUGUCUCAACACCACGUGUCAUCUUAGCUGUACUGUCAUCAUCCAAGGUGAUUAAAAAACGAUGUGUCUGCUGGUAGUUUUCCAGCAGACAUUUGGAGCUCUGACUGUCUUUGCUGAGCCUCACUGUGCUCUGGAUUGGCUAGCAGAUAUUCAAGAUGUAUAGGAUCAGAAAGACUUAUCAGGACCCCCCUGGUUGAAAGUUAUGUUGAAAACACAAAUAAUAUUAUGUUAACACCCUCUCUGCAGGCUGUCGUUCUGCAGAUUGGGCUCCUAAAGUACUAGCGGCUGUAUAAGUUCAAACCUCAGGUUAUUGAAGAAAGAUGCCCUCAUGCUGUCUCACUGCUCCACCUGCUGGUCAAAGCAAGAUAGUUUUAACAGUCCUCUAUCAGCCCUCUCCUUUUUUCUCGUCUCUUUUCUGUCCUCUCUGUAUUUACCUCACAUGUCCAUUAUGGAGCUUUAACUCUAGCUGUGAGACGAUCAGUCAGCUCGUCAUUUUUGUUUGUUCACUAAUUUCACACCUUGUCUUCUCACAGUCACAGACGAGGAUACAGUGAAGAGGUAUUACGCAAAGUUUGAGGAGAAAUUCUUCCAAACAUGUGAAAAAGAGCUCUCCAAGAUCAACACCUUUUACUCAGGUAACAUCUAUGACAAACAGCCACGCUAAAGAUGAGCUUUGUAUUCUGUCUAGCGGUCUAUCUUUGGUGCCGUCCUCAUCUCUUUCUCAAUCCCUCGUCCAGAAAAGCUGGCUGAGGCUCAGCGGCGAUUUGCCACGCUGCAGAAUGAGCUACAGUCCUCGCUGGAUGCCCAAAGGGAGAUCUGGGCAAAUGGACGGGGUCUCAGGAGGAGGAAGACGGUGUUCGCUCUGUCACAGCAGGAGCGAUGCAAACACAGAAACAUUAAGGACCUGCAGCUGGCCUUCUCCGAGUUCUACCUCAGCCUCAUACUGCUGCAAAACUAUCAGGUUACACUUAAACACACACACACACACACACACACACACACACACACACACACACACACACACACACACACGUUGCUCAGCAGUAGAACCAUUUGUUCACCUAAAGCCCUCUAGCUUUCUGUGCUCAGGGUCCAUAUGACCUGAAAAAUAUACAGAGAGGAAGAAACUUGAGUCUGAGAUCUGGAACAAGGAAAUAGAAAUCAUGUCAAUAAGCAGUUCUGGCUGUCAGAAAUGUUGUACCACACAAAUAAUAAGGAGAGAAUAAUGACUCCCUCAAAUCACUGCUCAGUAUUUACUACAGUAGAAACAACAGAGCAAUCAAUAGACUUAGUUUUGGUAAUGAAGUUUGUAAGCCAAUAUAAGAUGUAGAUUCAGUCGGAACUGUACAUUAAACCUCCUCUUUAUCUCCCUCACAGUCUCUCUUUUCUGUUGCUAAUUCAUACAUGUUUGGUUCUUACCAAAUUGCCUCUCUCCUUCUCUGUCUGGACUCUGCAGAACCUGAACUUCACUGGUUUCAGGAAGAUCUUGAAGAAGCAUGAUAAGAUUUUGGAGACAUCAAGAGGGGCUGACUGGAGGGUGGCCCAUGUUGAAGUGGCCCCAUUUUACACAUGCAAGAAAAUCACCCAGCUGAUCUCUGAGACAGAGGUGAAUAUUCUUAAAGAUCUAUAUCUGGUUACCUCAUGCGCUCAUCUGCAGUCAAAUUGUUUUUCAACUGAUUUCCAUCUUUAAUGUUGAUGUCCAAAUUCAGUAACACCCAAAUAGUUCUGAACUUGCUCCAGUGUAUUGCUAUCUGUGUGUAUGUUGAACAUCUGUGUGUAUGUUGAACAACAUUAACAAAAAGAAAGAUAAAAAAAUCAGCUUUUUAAUCGAAAGCCAUUUUCCUUCAAAAGCUGUCAAUGUUGAUUAAAGAAAGAGAAAAUAGACAACACUGACAGCACCAACUUUUCCUCUACUGUGUCCCGUUUGUUGGUGUUGUUGUGACUUCAGUUCGCUUGUGUGAUUGUGUUCUACGGGGUCCAAGCAAACCAUUUAAAAAACACCCAGUGGAGGCAGCAGUAGACCAGUUAUCAGUCCGUCAGUGACAGUACACCUGAAAGGAGAGUGGUACCUUUAGUCAAAAAUGGAUCCUACUCCAGAUUAAAGGUUGAUUUGCAUCUUAGUUGUCAUAGAAGUUGCAGUCUGAUAUUUGAUAUUCCAACAACAGGCUAAGUCCAUCUUCAGCACAGUUCAAAACUUCCAAAACCUGUCCACCUGGUCACCCAAACCCCUAGAUCUAUAGUCGUCCAGCCCAAGUUGACAAGUACCAGAACUGUCCAACAUCAGCCCUCCAACAUUUUCUCCCUGUUUUUUUAGGCACUGGUCACAACAGAGUUGGAAGGAGGUGACAGGCAGAGGGCCAUGAAAAGACUGAGGGUUCCUCCUCUGGGAGCUGCACAGGUCAGACACACACACACACACACACACACACACACACACACACACACACACACACACACACACACACACACACACUCAAACAUACACUUAUACUUAUGAAGUGAUGGCAGCAGUUCCAGUUUAUUUAAAGAGAAGUUAUGAUUUACAAACCAGAUACACUGUCGGAUCAGUCUCAUCAUUUACUUAUCAAAGUGUCGGCUGAAACAGGUUUAAAUAAUCCCAAAUAAAAGUUCUCCAGGAAAAAGAAGGAUAGUACACCACUUCUUCAGACCUCAGGCUCCUCUUAAGUAGACUUUCAAGUACAGAUGACUGCAGUUCAGGACAACCCUUCAAAUGCUAAAUUUGUUUUAUUCCAACCAAACAAACCCACAUUUAAAAAGCAGUCUGGUAGUGAGGGGUCUGGUUUUAAAUAAGUGAAGUUUAAAUUAGGGAUGCACGAUAUUUAUCGGACCGAUAAAAUAUCGGCCGAUUUGGGGGGGAAAUUACGUCAUUUUUUAUCGGUCCGAUAGGUGCAUUUUUCCGAUAGAAAGAUCCGAUAUAUUAAUGAAAUUACGAGUAACGUUUGCAGGCGGAGUAGCCGCCCGUCCGAGACGCGCUGGUUACGUCAUCUAUCGCGCCUUACUCGCAGGUCCCAAGCCUGACCCCGUCACUACCUGACAGAUAAUAAAAUGUCUUCACCAGCAUGGUCGUUUCUCUCAGUGGCAGAAGAUGACAACAGCAUUGCUAUAUGCAAAACCUGUUCAGCGAGGAUUCCGAGAGGAGGAAAGAAGACGUCAAGUAUUAACACAGCGAAUCUGACAGCUCAUCUGAAAAGUCGCCAUCGCGGCGAAGCGGUAGUAAAAGAAUAUGAGACAGCCGCCGAAGCUGCUAGCGGUACUAAAGCUAAGACAACAACACUACGGAGGAUCGAUGUCCCCAUUCAGCGGGCGUUUAAAAACUGCAAAAGCUUCUCAAGAGACAGCGAAAAGGCUAAAGCCAUUAACGACAAAGUGAUGGAGUUCAUAGCGGUCGACGACCAGCCUUUUUCCGUCGUUGAGAACCCGGGUUUUCGCAAGUUAAUAGCACACUUGGAGCCACGUUACACUCUCCCAAGCCGCCGCUUCUUCUCGGAUGUGUCUCUUCCUGCACUCUAUGAUAUUGUCGCCACAUACAUUCACAACCUGAUCGACAAGAACGGACUACACGUGAGUUUUACCACAGACAUAUGGACGUCAGAUGUUAGUCCGGUCAGCAUGCUAAGCCUAACGUCUCAUAAUAGCUCCUUUACAGUUUACAGUUCUGUUGAACAGUUCAGGGGAUAAAAUGAAGUUCUGCUUUUUGCUCUGUUAUUGUUAUUUAUAGCAAAUGACCACAUUUGAAGAGCCAAAAACUUUUGUUUGUUGUUCUAGAUAGGCCAGAGCAACAAAAACAUCAGUUUUCAAUCGCUGCAUCCUGCACAAACUGCAGAUUAUAUGAAGAUUAUAAUAAAUGUAAAAAUAUGAAUUUAUCGGUUAUCGGUAUCGGUAUCGGCCAUGAGAAGAAGAAAAUUAUCGGUUAUCGGUAUCGGUUGAAAUUUUUCAUAUCGUGCAUCACUAGUUUAAAUUUGAAUAUUGGUUUGAUGGUUGAGACUCAAGGUCAGGGAUCCUCCUUUGAACCAAUGAGCUGCCAGGGAAUUAAGUUUGUCUCAGAGCACUGAAAGUGAUGGGUUAAGGGUUUGACAGUAUGAUAAUAUGAACUGCCAUUGCUUAUGUCUCAGUUUAUGUUUUGAUUUGAUUCAUUUGAAACUUGUCCACUGGGCCUGUUAAUAAUCUUUUUGAACGUGUCCUAAAAUCUGUGCUUUCCACUUCGGUGGUCCUGACUGUUUCUAUGUCCUGUGUGCCCUCAGCCUGCUCCUGCAUGGACCACCUUCAGAGUCGGGCUUUACUGUGGAGUCUUUCUGGUCCUGAUAGUCACUGUUGUUAUAGCAGGUAACGUGUGUAUACAUGCAGACUUACAGUCAUCCUUAAUCAUCAGACUUGAAAUGCAUCCUAGAAUUCAGCAGCAUUUGAAGGUCUGAAGGUUUGAAUCAUUUUGUGACUCAGGUUUGACUUCCUGGAAUAUGACAGGCCGGUCUUUCCAGGCUACAAAUACACUGAUCACAUUUUAGUCAUAUUUUAGCAAGCAUUGGUCACAGACGAGCAGCUGUGUUUCAGGGCUUAAAAUAAAACCAUGCAAAGUGUCAUGAAGCUCCAUUUCUCAAUGUUCACUGAAAGCCUAGUUUCUAGAGCAAAUGUGAUAUUAUUGUGGGCCAAGUAUUGUGUGUUAGUUCAGUCAGUAUUUCUCCUUCAUUCAGUACUUAAGUUAAAAAAUUAAACAUCAUCAGUCAGCUCACCUUUUUAAUACUGAUCAGUACAAUCCAUUUAUCCAUCGCUGUGGAGCUUUUUAGCUCUGAUAAUGUUUUCACAGGCUUCAGAGGCUCACACUUUUAAAACAGAGACAGUCUUGGUCACCAUGUUGUGUUAAUUUAAAGACAGGUGUAAAUAGAUGGCAGAAAUGUAAACACCAACACACCUCAUGUAACACCAAAACUAGGGCCCAACCGAUACGGAUUUUUUGGGGCCUAUGCCAAUACAGAUUAUUAGGGGGGGUUUGAUUACCGAUUAAUCGGCCGAUUUUUAAGUUUUUUUUAAUGAAGUUAUAAAAAAAUAUAUAUAUACUGUAGAUAUCUACAGUAUACUUAAUACUACAGUAUAAUAUAUACUGUAGAUAUACUGUAGGCUACUGCUCUUCACGUCAACAGGAAGACUGACUGAUCAAACUCGGACCAGAAAAAUGUUUUCAACUACCCCCGCCAAUCAGUGCCUCCACGUCUUGACUCACGUUAAUCAUUUCCAGUCCGGUUUUAUCUGGAGACAUGCAGCUGCCUCAGUAAAAGAAGUAGCUCGAUCACGUAAUGUGCACUGUUCUUUAUUCUACUGUUACUGGCACAGUUAACAGUGUAGCAAGGCCAAUAGCAGAUGGCUAACUCUAUUAUUACAUGGUGCUUCACCGUUAACUCGGCAUGAGCAAGACCAGCACAGCACAGCGGGGAACAUCGUGCAGUGGGUUAAACUGAAACUUGUUGACUUGUGUAUUUCACAAACUGGUUUAUUCACCAUUGAGGCGGACCACUCUCCUCUGUGCGUCCCUGAGCUGCCUGCUUCUGAUCCGUCACCCUGCUGUGCUGUGAGGUAAUUAGUGGAUGAAGAUUGUCAUGUGGUCGCUGUGCCAUCUACAGGAUAAGUCAGGGGAUCUUUUCAAAUGGAGGAACAUUUUCAAGGUGAAACUGGAUCUUAUUCUCCGCGUUUUAUUUCUGAAAAAAUCGGCGAAAAUCGUCAAGUUUUGGCAGAUUACCGAUUAGUCUCAAACGGGCUAAAAUUGGCCUUAACCAAAACGGUCACUACAGUUCUCCUUAUCUGUCAAACCCUCUCAGUCUCUAAAGAUCAGUCCAAUGUGAUAUCACAAACUCAGGAGUGACAAUGACUAUCUGACUGAACAGUGUUGAAAAAUAGGACUAACCCCUCUAAACUGCAGAUUACAGACAGAUAGGGGACGUCAAAUAGUCUGCAUCACGUAGAGUCAAGGCCACUGCAGAACACACCGAAGUCUCAGGAACAAUGAAAUAAGUCCGCGCCUGGAGUUCAAUGAUUCAGUCAGAAAUGUAAGAUUGUAGGACAAAAGUGGAUCUCUUCUGUUUUGUUCAAAGCCUGACAUGGUUUAACGUGUAGUCCUAGGCUAACUUUAUUCAAAACAUGGAUAAAUAUAAAGUAAAAUCCGUUUGUGACUGUUUUUACAUCCUAAAAUGACAUUGUACUGAAAAAUUCAAUUUAAAUCAAUAGACAUCUAAACUUGAUUCUCACACAGCCUAGAGCAAUGGAGCCCUGACACUUGAAGAGAGGGUUUUUUAGAUGAACAAACAGACAUUUGCUUCCUCGUUUAGUCAGUGUUACUGAGUCAUCUGCCUUUUUUGUCCCCCUCACCUCAUUAUUUGUUCCACCUCAGGAGCUGUUAUGAUUCGAGGUGCUGACGUAUGGCCUAUGGUCAGGAUCUACAGAGGUGGCUUCCUGUUAAUUGAGUUCCUCUUCCUCUUAGGUACACACUUGAACACACACACACACACACACACACACACACACACACACACACACACACACACACACAUAGCACUGCCAAGUUUAAAGUCAAAUUCCAUUCAUUGAGUUCAUUUUUAGGAUGUUGCAAAACUCAAAAAUUUUAAUUGACCAAAGUUGAUGCAAGCACACACAACCUUUGCAUACCACCUAAAUCAGAUCAUUUCUGUUGUUGUGUGUCAGUGUUUUGAGGAUUUUUAUUCAUUGUGUUGAAGGUGGGCAGUUGUAAGUGAAUCAUGUGCAAAGGUAUUUAGAAGAAGAGCAUCAAGGGAAAAAGGCAAAUUUAAUAGAUCUACUGUACGCCACAAAAAAAGAUGGGAAAAGUCCAAAAUAAGAACCAGACUCAUGAAAAAAGACUUAAAAAUGAAAGAAUUUGAAUUAAUUCAGGAACAGGUGGAUCUCAGGUGUUUUCGAGACAAAUAACAAUCUUUACUCAACCACACACUUAUUCAACAAUUCAUUCAUAUCAGGUAAUAUCAAAUAUGCACCAAUUAACAUGUAUAUAUGUGAUCUAAUAAUACCAUUUGAUCGCACUAGAGACAACUGGUGUUACAUGUAAGGACUGAAAAAUACUUGUGGAUGACUACCUUCACAUAUCCUUCUCUCAAUAAAGGGUAAAAAUCUUUGUUGUUUGUUGUUUUUUUUUCCCUCAGGCAUUAACACCUAUGGCUGGAGACAGGCAGGAGUCAACCAUGUACUCAUCUUUGAACUCAACCCCAGAAACAACCUGUCCCACCAGCAUCUGUUUGAGGUCAGUGUGCACUCAAAUGCAAACAUACCCACUAACAAACUUAGCAGAUGAUUCAGAUAAACAUGAGCUGUGGAAAUACACUCACCUUCAGCAGGAUUACACACAGUCAGCUAAUGUGUUCAUGGAGUUUGUAUUUCAUAUAUUUAACAGAACCGGUCUUUGUAUGUUUUUUUUUGUGUGUGUGUGUGUGUGUGUGUGUGUGUGUGUGUGUGUGUGUGUGUGUGUGUGUGUGUGUGUGUGUGUGUGUGUGUGCAGAUUGCAGGUUUGCUGGGAGUGCUUUGGUGCGUCAGCCUGCUGUCUUGUCUGUUCAGUGAUAGCAUCCUGGUACCCAUGCAGGCCAACCCUCUAGCUCUCUAUGGCCUCUUCUUCCUCUUCUUCAUCAACCCCUUCAAGACUUUCUACUACAAGUCACGCUUCUGGCUGCUCAAACUCUUGGUAUUAUCUUCACUUUGAUACUCUUUAUGUUUUCAGUUUUCAAUAAAAUUAAAAGAUCAGGAGUGUUAGGGGCAGAUGGGAAAUAAGGAAGAGUGACUGUUUUUCUCUCCUUCGUCUCUUCUUCCUGUGUACAGAGGAAGUCAAAUACAGACCUUCUCACUGCUUUGUCUGAACAAAGUCUUCUUUUGAACUUUGACAUGCAUGAUCAGAUCAUAAAUCUGCUGAUGGGAGCAGUACAGCUCGUGUUGAAAAAACAGGUGGCUGAUUUUUGGCAUAAAUCUAAUGUAAACAUGGUAUUUGGAGUGAUACAUUGACUUUGAAUCUUCCACAGUUCUGUCCACAUCCAAAGAAUAAUGGGACUGCAUGAUAAAUCAAGCACAGAAGUAAACCUCUUCAAUGACUGAUUUUUGAAACCAUGAUUUAGAGCUGAAUUUCAGUCGAUUAUCAAAUGUUUAAAAUUCUUUUUCUUGUAUUGCACAACAGUUCUCAAGUCCACAUGAACUUUUUAAAGUAAAACACCAAUGUGGUGUAAAACCAUGACUUCAAGGGAGGAGGCAACUUAAAAGUCCGUCCUCGGUGAAAUAGUAUUUCAUUUUUGUUGUUGUUUUGUUUGGUUUGAGAUGAUGACAGAUGAUUGAACAAUUCAAAAAAACACAGGACUGCACACUUAAUGUCCUAAUGUCAAUAUUGUGUGCAGUUACUCUGAGACAAUCCUGUUUCCUUUCUAAGGUCCAGGGUUUCCUUGUUCGGGUUACUUUCUCUCUAUAAAGUGAUUAUAACUUCUCCCAAAGGUUUUCUUCUGGUACAGAAAAGCCACGCUUUAACAGAUGUUUGACAUAUUUUAAUUUUCUUCUCUUCAAUGGCAAAAACCGUGAAAAACUAAAUGAAAUACACAGAAACAAGAAUUGCUUAAUAUCAAAUAUUCCUCAAACUUAAAUAAAAUGUCGAAACAAAUGAAAAUGUCAACACAAACCGGAGUUGUUACAGUCCUUAAAGGUCGGUUAAUUGCCAUCUAGAGUUUUUACCUUUGUCUUACCAACUUCGCUUGCUUCUGACUGCACAUAUGUUUUCUUAAUUGGUCAUGUGGCUGCUGUAUGUGUAGUAUCCAGUGCAAUACAUAAUUUUCGCCAGUAGGGUUCUCACUCACCAACAACUUAGACGCAGAAGAAAACAUCACCUUUUUCUGUUAUAAUAUAAACAAAAAAAACAAAUCUUUCUUUCUGCGACAGCUACAGUGAACACUGUGGAUGUCUGUAUCUGAAAACCUCCCCAGUCUGAAGAGUGACUCCUGCAGACUAAAGCUGAGCAUACUAUGUAUAUGUAUAUAUAAAGCCAACUCUUGAUACUGUCCUCUCUGCCUCUUUGUCUCAGUUUCGAGUGGUGACCGCUCCUUUCCAUCGCGUCGGCUUUGCAGACUUCUGGCUUGCUGACCAGUUGAACUCUCUGGUGGUGGUUCUGAUGGAUCUGGAGUACAUGAUCUGUUUUUACAGUUUUGAGUUAGACUGGAAAAAACACGAUGGACUCAUCAGUAGUCCAGGUGAGACUGAAUCAUGACCACUUUGAAGAAGUUUGUGCACAAUCAAACUGCCUUAUGAUGAUGGUACAUCCACACAUUUCCAUUACCAUGCUGUUUAUUUCACCCCCUGCAGGUAAAGAUGUAUGCAACUCGUACUCCUAUGGUGUGCGCGCGGUGAUCCAGUGUCUUCCUGCCUGGUUCCGAUUUGUCCAGUGUCUGCGCCGUUACCGUGACACCAAACGGGCCUUCCCUCACCUGGUCAACGCUGGGAAAUACUCCACAUCUUUCUUUGUUGUCACCUUUGCUGCUCUGUACAGCACACACAAAGGUAGAAUGAAAACUGGAUCAAAUAUUCCCUGCCCUCUCACUCUACACUGGUUGUUAAAUGAAGUAGUAAAAGCCGCAGUGAAUCCUCAAGUUCUCUCUCUUUCCCUCUCUCCUCCUCAGCAGGAUUGCACACUGAUGCUCAGAUCUUCUUCUACCUAUAUAUCAGCUGUUUAGUGAUCAGCUCAUGUUACACACUAGUCUGGGAUUUAAAAAUGGACUGGGGCCUUUUCGACCGUAAUGCAGGAGAGAACACUUUCCUGAGAGAGGAGAUAGUCUACCCUCAUAAGGUAUUUCAAGUUCCUGCUCACCGAUCUCUUUAUGUUCUAGGGGAGGGGCUGAUCCACAAGUCUGACUCUUUCACUGAUGAUAUAAAAAGUCCUCUGAUGAUAUGAUGGGAACACUCUCUGUCUUCCUUUUCUCUGUCUCUUCUCCAGGCCUACUACUACAGUGCCAUAGUGGAGGAUGUGCUUUUACGUUUUUCCUGGACCCUGACAGUUACCCUCAGCGCAGUCUCUGGUUAUGAUCACAUCUCAGACAUACUGGGGACUAUUCUUGCCCCAAUGGAGGUCUUUCGGUAAAAAGUUCUAUUUUUUCACUCUCCUUUCUUUUGCUUUUCCUUUUUUUCCCACCCAUCUGUUAGUCUUACAUCCGUCUGCUUUACUGUGGCCCUUGUGCAGAGUCAUUUGAAUUGAAAAAUACAAAAAUAUUCAUGGUAGUAAUCUGCGUUGAAGUUCUGUGUGUUGGCUGUUAGACAGACAUCAUGUGGACUUGAAUUAAAAGUUUGAAAACAAAAGUGACUUUCCUCCGCAGACGCUUUGUGUGGAACUUCUUUCGAUUGGAGAACGAGCACUUGAAUAACUGUGGUGAGUUCAGGGCCGUCCGAGACAUAAGUGUAGCUCCACUCAACGCCGAUGACCAGACUCUGCUGGAGCAGAUGAUGGACCAGGAGGAUGGAGUCAGAAACCGGCAGGGCAAGAAGAGCUGGAAGCGGAGCUACAGCAUGAGCCUACGCAGACCACGACUGGCCUCGCAGUGAGUCUCAUCAACAGUCUUAGUUUAAGACUUUUAGGUUCAGAAGUAAAGAAAAUAAACUACAUUGAAGGGGUUGGGAGACAGUGUCUGAGUAGUUAGAAAGUCAGAAAACAAGCUUCUGCCUGAGUGUAAAUGGAGCUUUGUUCAUUUCUACUUGAAUUCUAGUUUGUUGUGGUUUAUGGUAUCAAAAGUUAAUACUGAGUUGAAGCGACGUUGUCUACACUUUUUUUCUCCUUGCUCCAGGUCCAAGACUCGUGACACCAAGGUUUUAAUAGAGGACACGGAUGAUGACUCCUGACAUCAGGCCACGCCCCUCGCCUGGGUCCAGAAUUUAUUCAAAGGAGGCAACUCGACCUCCUAACUGAGAUAUUACCCGGCGGGUUGGGCGUUGGACGUUGAACUUAAUCACAUAUGAGUUUGAAGCUCACAUGACGACUUUAUCCCUCCUCCGAUGCAUGAGCCUCUUCUUGGGUUCAGAACUAUUGCAAAGGAGAAGCGUUGAUUUCUUGAACAAACAACACAGCAACAUGGCGACCAAACUCCUAACCCCUUCACACUAAAACUUAGGAGUGUGCUCAUCACUUAAACGCAUGCUGUCCUCUUGGUUCUUUACAUCUCCAACGAAGGGCGAGACCAACAAGUUCAGAUCCCCUGAUGUCUAGGACCAAAAUGUUCUUCCCUUCCUGUAGCUUUGAGACACACUCCCGGUCUCCAGGUCACACUUAAACAGUCUUAAAGUUCAUCCUGAAAGAUUCCAGAUGAUUCUUGUAUUUGAACCUCAACAUGAACCCAUUUACAGAGGGAAAAUGAGGAAGGUUGACAGUUGUCUUCCUCAUGUGUCAGUGACUUAAUAGGCCUUGUUGACUGUCCCCCUGACCUGUGGCGCUCACACCGGCUGACAGACUACUGCAAACAUUCUUAUAAUGCCAAUCAAUCCCUGGCCUGAGUUUCUUACUCUUAAGCUUGCCCCUUCAAAUCAUCACAAAGCUGCCUACCUGCACCUAGCACGCUUUAGAAAACACACUCACAACAAGCAGAGACACGCAUUUUGUCGAAGGACCGAAUAAGAGCGAAAUGCCUAUGGUGUGUUCCAGCGCACACGAACAGUGAUUGAUAUGCUUGUUUAUGGAUGUGAACCUCGUAACCAUAAUCUUUUGGAGGAGGAGAGAUAAGUACACAAACAUAAGUACACAUACUAGCCAUUAUUUGUAACUGUGGUUGUAAAUACGGAGAAGACCAAAGUAGGAGGUGGUGUGGAAACAUUGAAAAAAUACUCUAAGGACAGACGUCAGACUGUGAGGAACAGCAGCUGAAAUGACUGUUCAGCUGCUGAAGAAGAAGAUUUUUACUUUGCUCCAGAACACAAAGGUCAUUUUAUCAUCUUUGGGAAACUUCUCCUUACUCCAUUUGGUCAAACAAAUAUCCUCCUUGUGGACAUGGUUUGCUGAAUGUAUGUUAAUUUAUUUAUGUAUGUAUGGCUGGGAGAAAAAAAGCCUAAAUAGCACCUUCCUACUCAUUUUAAAAGGUCAGAUUUUAGAAGCUUCUAAGAAACUGAAGUGUCACAAGGAAUAUGUUUUUGUCUCUUGAUCUCUUCAUUGAAAAGAAAGAAAAUAAUUUGGUCAUUUUUGUCGGGUUAACAGGUUUUUGAAUGAGACUAAGAGAAAGAAGGGAGGUCACCAGUCUGUCAUCAAUCUUUCCAAAACUGUUACAGUUAGAGAGUGGGAGAAGAGACACAUGAUUGUGGCUCCUCAGAGGUAGUCAAGACGGGUAGGUCUGAAAACACUGGAGAAAAUGUUGGUGCUUUUUCUCAGUCAAGGAUAUUUGGAGGGUUUGUUUUUUUUUUUUUUUCCACAUUCCUGAAGAGGCUGAAAAAAUUCAGCUAUUGUAUGGAUGUUAAACUGUUUUUGGAGAGUGUUAACCAGCUUCUUAAGUUUACAGUCUGUUUCAUUCACUCCUGUCUGUUUCAACAACCAACCUUUCAGCUUACAAGCACUUCUUAGUUGAACUUGAUAAAGGACUGUACAUGGAGCGUGUUCAGUGACAAAAAUCAGGUGGGACUUCUCAGUAUGUUGUAGGAUUUUGCGCACUUUAACGCCAAACAUUGUGUUCUUUUCUACCUUUUCCUCUGUCGUGGUGACAGACUGAGGGUGUGAGGGACUCGGGCAAAGCACAAAGCUUUUCAUCUGGAGAGUUUAUUUUUACUUCCAAUCAUUUUCGGGACUUUCUUUUAGCCUAAGAAGUUUUUUGGGGAAGACUUACAUGUUGAAUGUGCCAUGGUGUUUUUUUUUUUUUACUUGAACAACCUUUCUUUUUCUUUUUCUUUUUUCUUUUUUUUUUUUUUUUGGGGGGGGGGGGGGGGGUCUAGGGAGCUCUAAGUAGAAAGAAGAAACACUUUUAAAAGAUCCUUUAUUUCUUAAUCAUCCUGAAUGGACUGAAUCUCAGUUUAAGUAAAAACAGUGCAAAUAUUCAACUUUGCCCAAUAAAGUCUCUUACAGCAAUCCAGCAUUCUCAUAUUCUCCGUUUUCCUCUUUACAGCUCACUGUGGAUACCGACACGUUAAUCACAGCAUUUCAUUGUAGACCUGUACCAUUGACUGUAUAUAGAAUAGACACCAUCUGCCUCAUCACUGGGGGAAGCCACUCCAAAAACAGCACCCUCUAGUGACAGGCUGCAGUAUAGGUCAUAAAUCCUGCCUCCUCCAGAAAUCCCUAUGGAGCUAAGGACAAACUUUAGAAAUUAAUUACACAGAAUAUAAAUUUUUCUCCCCCCUGGUUGAAAUGUUGACAUGUAGUUACUGUAAAACAGGUUUGUUCUAAUGUCCUCUUUUUUUCUGUGCAGCUCCGUUUUCAAAAGUUAUUAGGGGGGGUCAUGUUUUCUAUGAUUGACACUUGAUACAGCCUGUGGGCAUGCGAAGAUUGCAUAGAUCACCCAGGGGAUACGCUGUUUGAGCCGAGUGUCAUCACAGCAACUCUCCCGACGAAUGCGUACAAUGCUACUGCGCCAGUGGUGGUUCCAAGAUGUGGAGAAAGUCCUGGGAAUACCAAGAGCAAUUCGGCUUCAAAUCCGUAUAAUGACGGAAGGCAGAACCAAGUUGUCCAUAUAUAUGUACAGUCUAUGGCCUGUACCCAGUAUUGGUUUUCCGCAUUUAAAAACAGUAUAUCAGAAACAAUUGCUAACCUCCCAGAUAGUUGUAAAAAGAGUUUCUGAUGAAGAUGAUUCUUGGAGGUUAAAGUUAGAAAAUUACAAAAAUUUACAGUUUUACAGUCUCACCAUUCUCACUGUGGUGUGUCAACCCAUUCAAAAAAAUUUUGAGUUCCUCGCAGAAUCCUCUGUGCUGGUCACAGAUGUAUGACAAAAAACACGCACUGUACCACAGUUAAUGUGUGUCUUUGUGUGAAGUACCUUACUUGCGUUCUUCCAUCUUUUCAGAGGUGUGUUGCUGUAUUUUUUGCACCGGACUGUGAAGGACACACUUUUGAUUCUGCAUUUGCUUUUUUCCCCCUUGAAGUAGAAGGAGGCUGGGAACUUAUCAGAUGCUGACAUCUGAAAAAUCUGAAAAUAACGAAUCUGUUUUUAUCAUAGUUGGUCUAAUUACUGGUUCUACAAUAAACCACACCAGACAAUAAGGAAGACUUAAUCAGUUUGAGCUGUUGGAACUUGAGGACCUGCUGCGAUCUCAAAACCUCCUGAUAAAGCUGACAAUAGUUCUGAAUUCCAGCUGCAGCGAUCCUCCAUACUCCUGACGCUGUUGGUGGAGAGCUGGUGCUACAGAUAAAUAGUAUGAGCAGAGGCAUGUGCUGUGGGGAAAUUCCUGUGCAGCUUACAGUUUCCUACCAGCAGAUCGUUGCACAAAUGACACACCACAGUUUAUUUUACCGUAAGAUUGCGACUGUGACAGACAGGUGAACCCGCCUUUCUCCAAAAGUCAACUGAAUGAACUUGGUCUGAGUAUUUAUUCUCCUUUUUGUACUACUGGCAAUGUAACCUCUCCAAAGAAAAUCAGAAGUAAUCAUAAAGUCAAUAUUUUCCAUGGAUUUUUGAUCUGUCUUUUUAUUUCAGAAGGUUCCAAAUGUUGACCAAAUUAAAGGUAUUUGCAUUAUGAAA